AGUCUGCUGUACAAUGGGAGGAUCGCGGAGGAGGUCAACUGUCUGCUGGCCUGCCGGGAUGAGAACCUGGUGUCCCAGCUGGCUCACAGCCUCAACCAGGUUUCCACAGAGCACAUGUGAGUACCUCACCACCCCACACCUUUCAACGCUAGUGGUCACAACAGCUGAUAAGAGAGAGUGUGAACAGUUCUCUCUUAUUAUGUGCCACAGUUGCAUUAGUUGAUUCCCCCCCCCCUCCCAUUGCAGAGAGCUGAAGGACAACCUGGGCAGUGAUGACCCGGAGGGAGACGUGCCUGUGCUGCUGCAGACAGUGCUGUCUAGGAACCCCAACAUCUUCAGGGAGAAAAGUAAGUUAGCCCGAUUCAGGGUGAUAAGGAGAGAGUGCCUCUGACUCUGUAUUGGAGCACAGUGUAUGGCCUAACACAGUGCUGACUGUGUCCCUACUUCUUAGGGCCUUGAUUUGUUGUCCUAAAAACAUUUCCUGGGUCUAAUGCGUUUUGUGAGUCAAAACCGCUUCUUGAGGCGUUGCAAGGCAAGCUUUGCUGUCUUUAUGAUUUUUUUAGUUGGCGCCGUACUUGUAGCUUGAAAAGAGCUUGUGGUGGAUUUAGUUGGCAUCUUGAUUGCCUUGAGUAUACUUGAUAGACAUUUAAUUGCUUUGUGAUAUAUAGCACUGUUGGACAAUAGGGUUGGACGAUGUCAACCUUUAUCCUAUCGUGAUUAUGUACUCAUAAAACAUUGUGAUACACAAUGGUAUGGCCCCCUAUUGGCCAACCAGAAUGUAUAUAAAAUAUAAGAAACAUCUGCUAAAACCACCAUUGGGCUAAUAGCGUGAAAUCGCAUGCUACUAUUUAGGGCUGGGAAUUGCCAGGGACCUCACGACACGAUAUUAUCAUGAUACUUAGAUGCCAAUAUGUAUUGCAAUUCUCAUGAUUCUAUAUGUAUUGCGGUUUUAUAGUGAUUUGAUGUUGCAAACAUAUUGUUAACUAUAUGUCUGCUGCAGAGAGACGAGAGAGCAUGAGAAAAUGUGUUUUGGUCAUGGAAAUUAAUGUCCUGAAAACAUGUUGGCUCAUUUUUUAAGAAGAUGGAGAAAAAGCUAUAGGAUGAAAAAUAGUUUUAGUGCAGGUACAGCCGACUAGCGCUAGCUAACGCUACCAAGUAAAACAAAUUAUAUUUAUAUAUAUAUAUAUAUAUAUAUAUAUAUAUUAUUUUUUACAGUAUUGAUAUAAUGUUUUUUUGCCCCAUCACUACUACAACUGGAAGAAUCAUAAUGAAAUAUAAUGUUGUUGAAAGGCAGAGGCACAUGAUGGAGCAAAGUGACAGUCAACUGAUGAGGAACGGACUGUCUUACCGUAGUGAGUUAGGUUAUAAAUCUUAGGCUGGAUAGAAGCAAAGUCUACCAUCUUCAGAUCUAGAUAAUAAUUGCUUUAUUUGCCUCAUCCUCCUCUCUUAAAGGAUAGGUAGCAUAAACGUAACAUAUGGAUUUGUAUUUGUAUACACAUCAAAAGUCCCAAUGCAAAGUUACACCUCACUUUUCAAUUUAUCGAGUUAUGACAUAAAACCGAUCAGAAUUCCGAAGACAUGUCGGAAAAUGUUUUUCCAGGGUGUGAUGUCAGUGAGGGAAAUCGUGGUCCUCUGUAGCUCAGCUGGUAGAGCACGGCGCUUGUAACGCCAAGGUAGUGGGUUCGAUCCCCGGGACCACCCAUACACAAAAAAAUAAUAAUUAUGCACGCAUGACUGUAAGUCGCUUUGGAUAAAAGCGUCUGCUAAAUGGCAUAUUAUUAUUAUUAUAUUAUAAAUCAUAUAGCUAUAGCGAGAAAAAUCCAAAAUAGAUUUGAUGUCACCUAGCGCACUAGGCCAAGGUGGAAAAUGUUACAAAACUUGCAUAGCCUACUUCACAGAGAACAUGUCAAAAAGUUGACAAAACAAAAAGGAAAACAGACGAGGUACUACAUACACAGUUAGAGCAAGCAGGUAUGAUUUUCUCUUUUGUUUUGAGCCCACGGCAAGAAGGCACCAGAGCCUGCCGUGCUAACGGGUUCCCACUAGAUAACACAGGCACAAAGUCUGUGAAGAGCAUGAGAAUGCUAAUGUUAGCUAGCUUGAGCUAGUUACUAAGCUAGCAUACAAACUAACAUAUGACGUUGAAAAAUAGUGCAUUGUGGGUAGUUCAGAAGAUAUCCAGAAAUAAGUUAAUAAAAAUCGAAUAACCCAAAAACAUAACUAUGUUUGUAGUUAUAGGUAACCAGAUCACGACUACAACUAAGUUACUACGUCUUUGACCACACUCUGUGCUAUUGUUUGUUCUACCUCUCAUAAAGCUGUGAUUGAGAAUAGCCUAGGCCUAUAGACUCCGACUUUCGUUCUUGUUCUUUUUGAAAGUGGCAACUUUAGGACAACAGUACCUUCUUAGGCUAUUAGAAUUUUUGGGUAAUAGGCUACUGUUCAUAACUUUCAUUUGUCCUAAAGCUUUUAUGAUAGGCCUAGUAGGAGGCAGUAGAGGCUGCUGAUGGGAGGACGGCUCAUAAUACUGGCCGGAACGGCGUAAAUGGAAUGGCAUCAAACACAUGGAAACCAUGUUUGAUGUAUUUGAUACGAUUCCACCUAUUCCGCUCCAGCCAUUACCACGAGCCCGUCCUCCCCAAUUAAGGUGCCACCAACCUCCUGUGGUAGAAGGAUAGGUUAUCAGCCUACGAUUUUUUUAAACAGCUAGACACAAGAUAGUUAAGGAGUGUCCGUAAAAAAGAAAUGAAUAGCCUAGCUUUACGCUAUAGGCAAAGGCCCAUGCAUCCAACAUUAGAGAGGGAAACAAUAUUUUUUUGUGCUGCUUUGGUGGAAUUCUCUGCUCUGUCUACUAGACAUGAAAGAGUAGGCUAUAUUCCUUGGCCAAUUCAAAUCAAAUGGGGUUUGGGACAAAAAGGGAAAUUAAGCUUUUAAAAUAACAAGCCAGAGAACAGACUGUCCACUGCAAAAGGCCCGUCAUCGUCCAACAUUGGAGAGGUGAGAGCGAGAGAGAAAAAAGGGCAUUUCCAUCGAAAAGGACCCAUGAGCAGCAACAUGUGAAGUUCAUAGGAGCAUACCAAAUUGGGUGUCAAAUGAAAGCUAAGAGUCUAUAUUUUGGGGAAAUUAAGGCAUAGAUAAAUGUUUUAAUCAUUUUCCAUCUUGGCAUAAGUAAAGGCUUUGAUUUCUGGAUAAACAGAUGAAAAAGGGGUCUUAGAAAACAUCUACCAGAAAAUGUAUUAAAAGGUAUCACAAAUACAUCAAAACACAAUGAUGUUGACAUAAAGACCCCUGCCAACUAAUAUCAACACAUAUUUAGUUUUGGAGAAAUUGUUUAAGUGUAAGUUUAAAGCUGCAAUAUGUCACUUUUUGGGUGACCCGACCAAAUUCAUUUAUCUUUAAGAUAUUUUCUAAUUUCUCUCCCUCAUGAGGAGGGAGGAUAAUGAAGUAAAAAGUAAUGGUAGACCUACCGAUUACUGAUAUCAUUUUUGUUUAGGAAUUAUUAAGUGAUUCUAACUCCCACAGUUGAUUUCUUCAAACCAAGCUGCUUACCUAUUGCAGAUUCAGUCUUCCCAGCCUGGUGCAGGUCUACAAUUUUGUUUCUGGUGUCCUUUGACAGCUCUUUGGUCUUGGCCAUAGUGGAGUUUGGAGUGUGACUGUUUGAGGUUGUGGACAGGUGUCUUUUUAUACUGAUAACAAGUUCAAACAGGUGCCAUUAAUACAGGUAACGAGUGGAGGACAGAGGAGCCUCUUAAAGAAGAAGUUACAGGUCUGUGAGAGCCAGAAAUCUUGCUUGUUUGUAGGUGACCAAAUACUUAUUUUCCACCAUAAUUUGCAAAUAAAUUCAUUAAAAAUCCUACAAUGUGAUUUUCUGGAUUUGUUUCUUCUCAAUUUGUCUGUCAUAGUUGACGUGUACCUAUAAUGAAAAUUACAGGCCUCUCAUCUUUUUAAGUGGGAGAACUUGCACAAUUGGUGGCUGACUAAAUACUUUUUUCCCCCACUGUAUAUGACAAGGGAACAUUCCCACCUCUUUCAUUGUCAAUAAUAACAUUUUGCCAAUAUUCUUGAUGAAGAAUUGUUAGUAAGCUCACUGGUUUGAGACCACAAAAAUAGCACUGCUAAUAGCUCAAUACUGGCGCCGACGAAGAUGGCGGCCUCGCGACUAGCUCUUAGGAAACUUUGCAGUAUUUAGUUUUUUUAUGUAUUUUUUUUAACAUUAUUAGCUCAAAGUGUUUUGCAUCAUUACAUACAGCCGGGAAAAACUAUUGGAUAUCAGAGCGGCGGUAACUCACCAGCAUUACGUCCAGGAAUACGACUUUCCCGAAGCAGAUCCUUUGUUUGCUCUCCCCAGGGCAACUGAACUGAUUCCAGCGGCUGACCCAAAACAUCGCCGGCGGAGGAGAGGCACUCGGAGCGGCCUGCUGGUCCGACUUUGGAUGCGCGCACACCACCCACCGCUUCCAAGUAUCCUACUCGCUAAUGUUCAAUCUUUGGUUAACAAAGUCGACAAACUAUGGGCAAGGAUUUCUUUCCAGAGAGACAUCAAGGCCUGUAACAUACUCUGUUUCACGGAAACAUGGCUCUCUUGGGAUAUUCUGUCGGAAUCGGUCCAGCCAGAUGGGUUCUCAGUUCAUUGCGCAGACAGGAAUAAAUAUCUCUCCGGGAAGCAGAAGGGCGGAGGUGUGUGAUUUCAUGAUUAACAACUUGUGGUGUAAUUGUGGUAACAUAGAGGAACUCGAGUCCUUCUGUUCACCUGACCUAGAAUAUCUCACAAUCAAAUGCCGACCGUAUUAUCUCCCAAGAGAAUUUUCUUCGGUUAUAGUCACGGCCGUGUAUAUCCCCCCUCAAGCCGAUACCACGACGGCCCUCAAAGAACUUCACUGGACCUUAUGCAAACUGGAAACCACAUAUCCUGAGGCUGCAUUUAUUGUAGCCAGGGAUUUUAAUAAAGCAAAUUUGAGGACUAGGCUGCCGAAGUUCUAUCAACAUAUCGACUGUUGUACUCGGGCUGCUAAAAUCCUCGACCAUUGCUAUUCAAACUUCCGGGAUGGUUAAAAGGAACUCCCCAGCCCUCCUUUCGGCAAAUCUGACCACGACUCCAUUUUGCUUCUCCCUUCCUAUAGGCAGAAACUCAAACAGGAAGUACCCGUGCUAAGGACUAUUCAACGCAGGUCUGACCAAUCGGAAUCCACGCUUCAAGAUUGUUUUGAUCACGCGGACUGGGAUAUGUUCCGGGUAGCUUUCGAAAAUAAUUUUGACAUAUACACUGAAACAGUGACUGAGUUUAUCAGGAAGUGUAUAGGUGAUGUUGUGCCCACUGUGACUAUUAAAACCUACCCUAACCAGAAACCGUGGAUAGACGCCAGCAUUUGCGCAAAUCUGAAAGCGCGAACCACUGCAUUCAACCAUGGCAAGGUGACUGGGAAUAUGGCCGAAUACAAACAGUGUAGCUACUUACUCCGCAAGGCAAUUAAACUGGCAACACAUCAGUAUAGAGACAAAGUGGAGUGGCAAUUCAGCGGCUCAGACACGAGACGUAUGUGGCAGGGUCUACAGACAAUCACGGACUACAAAAAGAAAACCAGCCACGUCGCCGACACUGAUGUCUCGCUUCCAGACAAGCGAAACACCUUCUUCGCCCGCUUUGAGGAUAACACUGCCACUGACGAGGCCCGCUACCAAGGACUGUGGCCUCUUCUUCUCCAUGGCCGACGUGAUUAAGACAUUUAAUCAUGUUAACCCCCGCAAGGCUGCCGGCCCAGACGGCAUCCCUAGCCGCAUCCUCAGACCAUGCGCAGACCAGCUGGCUGGUGUGUUCAGGGACAUAUUCAAUCUCUCCCUUUCCCAGUCUGCUGUCCCCACAUGCUUCAAGAUGGCCACAAUUGUUCCUGUACCCAAGAAAGCAAAGGUAACUGAACUAAAUGUCUAUCGCCCUGUAGCACUCACCUCUGUCAUCAUGAAGUGCUUUGAGAGACUAGUCAAGGAUCAUAUCACCUCUACCUUACCUGUCACCCUAGACCCACUUCAAUUUGCUUACCGCCCCAAUAGAUCCACAGACGAUGCAAUUGCCAUCACACUGCACACUGCCCUAUCCCAUCUGGACAAGAGGAAUACCUAUGUAAGAAUGCUGUUCAUUGACUAUAGCUCAGCAUUCAACACCAUAGUACCAUCCAAGCUCAUCAUUAAGCUCGAGGCCCUGGGUCUGAACCCCGCCCUGUGCAACUGGGUCCUGGACUUCCUGACGGGCCGCCCCCAGGUGGUGAAGGUAGUAAACAACAUCUCCACUUCGCUGAUCCUCAACACUGGGGCCCUACAAGGGUGCGUGCUCAGCCCCCUCCUGUACUCCCUGUUCACCCAUGACUGCGUGGCCAAGCACGCCUCCAACUCAAUCAUCAAGUUUGCAGACGACACAACAGUAGUAGGCUUGAUUACCAACAAUGAUGAGACCGCCUACAGGGAGGAGGUGAGGGCUCUGGGAGUGUGGUGCCAGGAAAAUAACCUCUCACUCAACAUCAACAAAACAAAGGAGAUGAUUGUGGACUUCAGGAAACAGCAGAGGGUGCACCCCCCUAUCCACAUCGACGUGACCGCAGUGGAGAAGGUGGAAAGCUUCAAGUUCCUUGGUGUACACAUCACCGACAAACUGAAAUGGUCCACCCACGCAGACAGUGUGGUGAAGAAGGCACAACAGAGCCUCUUCAACCUCAGGAGGCUGAAGAAAUGUGGCUUAUCACCUAAAACCCUCACAAACCUUUACAGAUGCACAAUUGAGAGCAUCCUGUCGGGCUGUAUCACCGCCUGGUACGGCAACUGCACCGCCCAUAACCGCAGGGCUCUCCAGAGGGUGGUGCGGUCUGCCGAACGCAUUACUGGGGGCAAACUUCCCGCCCUCCAAGGCACAUACAGCACCCGAUGUCACAGGAAGGCCAAAAAGAUAAUCAAGGACAUCAACCACCCGAGCCACUGGCUGUUCACCCCGCUAUCAUCCAGAAGGCGAGCUCAGUACAGGUGCAUCAAAGCUGGGACCGAGAGAAUGAAAAACAGCUUCUAUCUCAAGGCCAUCAGACUGUUAAAUAGCCAUCACUAGCACAUUAGAGGCUGCUGCUGCCUAUUGAAAUCACUGGCCACUUUAAGAAAUGGAACACUAGUCACUUUAAUAAUGUUUACAUAUCUUGCACUACUCAUCUCAUAUGUACAGUUGAAGUCGAAAGUUUACAUACACUUAGGUUGGAGUAAUUAAAACUUGUUUUUCAACCACUCCACAAAUUUCUUGUUAACAAACUAUAGUUUUGGCAAGUCGGUUAGGUAAUUUUUCCAACAAUUGUUUACAGACAGAUUAUUUCACUUAUAAUUCACUGUAUCACAAUUCCAGUGGGUCAGAAGUUUACAUACACUAAGUUGACUGUGCCUUUAAACAGCUUGGAAAAUUCCAGAAAAUAAUGUCAUGGCUUUAGAAGCUUCUGAUAGGCUAAUUGACAUCAUUUGAGUCAAUUGGAGGUGUAUCUGUGGAUUUAUUUCAAGGCCUACCUUCAAACUCAGUGCCUCUUUGCUUGACAUCAUGGGAAAAUCAAAAGAAAUCAGCCAAGACCUCAGAAAAAUAAUUAUAGACCUCCACAAGUCUGGUUCAUCCUUGGGAGCAAUUUCCAAAUGCCUGAAGGUACCACGUUCAUCUGUACAAACAAUAGUACGCAAGUAUAAACACCAUGGGACCACGCAGCCGUCAUACCGCUCAGGAAGGAGACGCGUUCUGUCUCCUAGAGAUGAACGUAUUUUGGUGCGAAAAGUGAAAAUCUAUCCCAGAACAACAGCAAAGGACCUUGUGAAGAUGCUGGAGGAAACAGGUACAAAAGUAUCUACAGUGGGGAGAACAAGUAUUUGAUACACUGCCGAUUUUGCAGGUUUUCCUACUUACAAAGCAUGUAGAGGUCUGUAAUUUUUAUCAUAGGUACACUUAAACUGUGAGAGACGGAAUCUAAAACAAAAAUCCAGAAAAUCACAUUGUAUGAUUUAUAAGUAAUUAAUUUGCAUUUUAUUGCAUGACAUAAGUAUUUGAUACAUCAGAAAAGCAGAACUUAAUAUUUGGUACAGAAACCUUUGUUUGCAAUUACAGAGAUCAUACGUUUCCUGUAGGUCUUGAACAGGGAUUUUGGCCCACUCCUCCAUACAGACCUUCUCCAGAUCCUUCAGGUUUCGGGGCUGUCGCUGGGCAAUACAGACUUUCAGCUCCCUCCAAAGAUGUUCUAUUGGGUUCAGGUCUGGAGACUGGCUAGGCCACUCCAGGACCUUGAGAUGCUUCUUACGGAGCCACUCCUUAGUUGCCCUGGCUAUGUGUUUCGGGUCGUUGUCAUGCUGGAAGACCCAGCCACGACCCAUCUUCAAUGCUCUUACUGAGGGAAGGAGGUUGUUGGCCACACAUGGCUCCAUCCAUCCUCCCCUCAAUACGGUGCAGUCGUCCUGUCCCCUUUGCAGAAAAGCAUCCCCAAAGAAUGAUGUUUCCACCUCCAUGCUUCACGGUUGGGAUGGUGUUCUUGGGGUUGUACUCAUCCUUAUUCUUCCUCCAAACACGGCGAGUGGAGUUUAGACCAAAAAGCUCUAUUUUUGUCUCAUCAGACCACAUGACCUUCUCCCAUUCCUCCUCUGGAUCAUCCAGAUGGUCAUUGGCAAACUUCAGACGGGCCUGGACAUGCGCUGGCUUGAGCAGGGGGACCUUGCGUGCGCUGCAGGAUUUUAAUCCAUGACGGCGUAGUGUGUUACUAAUGGUUUUCUUUGAGACUGUGGUCCCAGCUCUCUUCAGGUCAUUGACCAGGUCCUGCCGUGUAGUUCUGGGCUGAUCCCUCACCAUCCUCAUGAUCAUUGAUGCCCCACGAGGUGAGAUCUUGCAUGGAGCCCCAGACUGAGGGUGAUUGACCGUCAUCUUGAACUUCUUCCAUUUUCUAAUAAUUGCGCCAACAGUUGUUGCCUUCUCACCAGGCUGCUUGCCUAUUGUCCUGUAGCCCAUCCCAGCCUUGUGCAGGUCUACAAUUUUAUCCCUGAUGUCCUUACACAGCUCUCUGGUCUUGGCCAUUGUGGAGAGGUUGGAGUCUGUUUGAUUGAGUGUGUGGACAGGUGUCUUUUAUACAGGUAACGAGUUCAAACAGGUGCAGUUAAUACAGGUAAUGAGUGGAGAACAGGAGGGCUUCUUAAAGAAAAACGAACAGGUCUGUGAGAUCCGGAAUUCUUACUGGUUGGUAGGUGAUCAAAUACUUAUGUCAUGCAAUAAAAUGGUAAUUAAAUACUUAAAAAUCAAACAAUGUCAUUUUCUGGAUUUUUGUUUUAGAUUCAGUCUCUCACAGUUGAAGUGUACCUAUGAUAAAAAGUAAAGACCUCUACGUGCUUUGUAAGUAGGAAAACCUGCAAAAUCGGCAGUGUAUCAAAUACUUGUUCUCCCCACUGUAUAUCCACAGUAAAACAAGUCCUAUAUCGACAGAACCUGAAAGGCCGCUCAGCAAGGAAGAAGCCACUGCUCCAAAACCGCCAUAAAAAAGCCAGACUAUGCUUUGCAACUGCACAUGGGGACAAAGAUCGCAGUUUUUGGAGGAAUGUCCUCUGGUCUGAUGAAACAAAAAUAGAACUGUUUGGCCAUAAUGACCAUCGUUGUGUUUGGAGGAAAAAGGGGAUAGCUUGCAAGCCGAAAAACACCAUCCCAACCGUGAUGCACGGGGGUGUCAGCAUCAUGCUGUGGGGGUGCUUUGCUUCAGGAGGGACUGGUGCACUUCACAAAAUAGAUGGCAUCAUGAGGAAGGAAAAUUAUGUGGAUAUAUUGAAGCAACAUCUCAAGACAUCAGUCAGGAAGUUAAAGCUUGGUCGUAAAUGGGUCUUCCAAAUGGACAAUGACCCCAAGCAUACUUCCAAAGUUGUGGCAAAAUGACUUAAGGACAACAAAGUCAAGGUAUUGGAGUGGCCACCACAAAGCCCUGACCUCAAUCCUAUAGAAAAUUUGUGGGCAGAACUGAAAAAGCGUGUGCGAGCAAGGAUAGAUACUUUUUGUAAUGGGGCGGCGGGUAGCUUAGUUGUUAAGAGCGUUGUGCCAGUAACCGAAAGGUCGCUGGUUCUAAUCCCCAAGCCGACUAGGUGAAAAAUCUGUCUGUGCCCUUGAGCAAGGCACUUAACCCUAAUUGCUCCUGUAAGUCACUCUGGAUAAGAGCGUCUGCUAAAUGACCUAUUUAUUUAUUUAUUUAUUAAGGAGGCCUACAAACUUGACUCAGUUACACCAGCUCUGUCAGGAGGAAUGGGCCUAAAUUCACCCAACAUAUUGUGGGAAGCUUGUGGAAGGCUACCCAAAACGAUUGACCCAAGUUAAACAAUUUGAAGGCAAUGCUACCAAAUACUAAUUGAGUGUAUGUAAACUUCUGACCCACUGGGAAUGUGAUGAAAGAAAUAAAAGCUGAAAUAAAUCAUUCUCUCUACUAUUAUUCUGACAUUUCACAUUCUUAAAAUAAAAUGGUGAUCCUAACUGACCUAAGACAGGGAAUUUUUACUAGGAUUAAAUGUCAGGAAUUGUGAAAAACUGAGUUUAAAUGUAUUUGGCUAAGGUGUAUGUAAACUUCCGACUUCAACUGUAUAUACUGCAUUCUAUUCUAAAAUAUGAUUCUGUAUCUUAGUCCAUGCCGCUCUGCCAUUGCUUGUCUAUAUAUGUAUAUAUUAUUAAAUCCCAUUCCUUACUUUUUUGUGUGUAUUGGGUAUAUGUUGUGAUAUUGUUAGAUAUUACUGCACUGUCGGAGCUAGAAGCACAAGCAUUUAGUUACACCCGCUAUAACAUCUGCUAAACACGUGUAUGUGACAAAUACAAUUAGAUUUGAUUUGAAAAUACUGUGAUUGAAUAUUUUUUUCUCCAGAAAUUACAUUAUUUGAAAAUGUAAGUUCAUUAUCAUUUAAACACACUUUCUACCUGGUUUAAGUUAUUUAAGUCCAGGCUGGAGUAUUUAUUCAUUGUAAAAAAUAUAUAUAUAUACAGCUCUGGAAAAAAUUAAGAGACCACUGCAAUUUUUUAUUAAAUCAGCAUCUCUACAUGUAUGACAGACAUUCCAUUCCAGUGUCUGUUGAAUUCCAACACAGGCACACCUCAUUCUACUGAAUUAGGUACUGAUUAGGUGAUCACCUGAACCAAAUCUUAUUUAACGAGGAAAAGUAUAAAAACCACUGCUGUGGUCAUCACUAUUCUCUUGCAAUAGGACCAGCUGGAUGGCAAAAACAGUGCUAAAAGUACCUCAAAAGUAAUAUUAAUACAAAAAUAACUAUUGACCAUGCCAAAAGAGUUGAAAAGGAAAGUUUUAAGUGAGAAAAAGAAGGGUUCAAUUCUGGCUUUACUGGCAGAGGGAUACAGUGAGCGUCAGGUUGCUUCCAUCCUUAAAAUUUCAAAGACGGCGGUUCAUAAGAACAAGGUCAAGCAGCAGACAUUGGGGACAACAAAGCUACAGACCGGCAGAGGGCGAAAAUGACUCUCUACUGACCGGGAUGACCGCCAACUCAUUUGAAUGUCACUCAACAACUGUAGGAUGACAUCAAGUGACCUACAAAAAGAAUGGCAAACGGCAGCUGGGGUGAAGUGCACGGCGAGGACGGUUCGAAACAGGCUCCUAGGGGCAGGGCUGAAGUCGUGCAAAGCUAGAAAAAAGCCCUUCAUCAAUGAGAAGCAAAGAAGAGCCAGGCUGAGGUUUGCAAAAGACCAUAAGGAUUGGACCGUAGAGGACUGGAGUAAGGUCAUCUUCUCUGAUGAGUCCAAUUUUCAGCUUUGCCCAACACCUGGUUGUCUAAUGGUUAGACGGAGACCUGGAGAGGCCUACAAGCCACAGAGUCUCGCACCCACUGUGAAAUUUGGUGGAGGAUCGGUGAUAAUCUGGGGGUGCUUCAGCAAGGAUGGAAUCGGGCAGAUUUCUUUGUGAAGGACGCAUUAAUCAAUCCACGUACAAGGUUGUCCUGGAAGAAAAAUUGCUUCCUUUUGCUCUGACAUUGUUCCCCAACUCUGAGGAUUGGUUUUUCCAGCAGGACAAUGCACCAUGCCACACAGCCAGGUCAAUCAAGGGGUGGAUGGAGGACCACCAGAUCAAGACCCUGUCAUGACCAGCCCAAUCUCCAGACCUGAACCCCAUUGAACAUUUCUGGAAUGUGAUCAAGAGGAAGAUUGAUGGUCACAAGCCAUCAAACAAAGCCGAGCUGCUUGAGUUUUUGCGCCAGGAGUGGCAUAAAGUCACCAAACAUCAAUGUGAAAGACUGGUGGAGAGCAUGCCAAGACGCAUGAAAGCUGUGAUUAAAUCAGGGUUAUUCCACCAAAUAUUGAUUUCUGAACUCUUCCUAAAUUAAACAUUAGUAUUGUGUUGUUUAAAAAUGAUCAGUAACUUAUUUUCUUUGCAUUAUUCGAGGUCUGACAACACUGCAUAUUUUUUGUAAUUUUGACCAGUUGUCAUUUUCUGCAAAUAAAUGCUCUAAAUGACUAUUUUUAUUUGGAAUUUGGGAGAAAUGUUGUCAGUAGUUUAUAGAAUAAAACAAAAAUGUUUAUUUUACACAUACAUAUAAAUAGUAUAACCAGAGAAACUGAUCAUUUUGCAGUGGUCUCUUAAUUUUUUCCAGAGCUAUAUGUGUAUAUUUAUAUAUUUUUUUACUCAGACACCCGCGAUGCAUUCAAGACCUCGGGUCACGACCCGCCAGUUGAGAAUCGUUGCUCUACUGUACUCUGCUCUGAUGUCCAAACUUGUGAAACAUGAGGAGAAUGACAUUCAUAUCCAUAAUUAUGCAUUUCUGUUUAGUGUUUAGACCAGGGAUCUUCAAUUCCGGUCCGAAACACCUCUGUUUUUCAUCCUCUCCUUCUAAUCAGGGGCUAAUUCAGACCUGGGACACCAGGUGAGUGCAAUUAACUACCAGGUAGAAAUAAAAAAACAGAAGCGUUUCGGCCCUCCAGGACCGGAAUUGAAGAACCCUGGUUUAGACCCAUGAUGUACUGUAAUUCCAUUACCGGGUGUAAAUCCACUUCACUUACUGUAGUUCAAUAACAAAAAUAUUUGUUCAAACUCAACGUGCCAUGUCAUAGCUGAAACCCCAUUCCUUCUGCAAACAUCUUUGAAUCUUAAUUCGGAGCAGAUAUUUAAAGAGUUUUUGGGAAAUGUGGUCGCAUAAAAACCUGAUGGAGAUUUUACCGUAAUUAUGUUACCAAAGUUUGCAUCUGCACAGUUCUUCCACUGAAUUAGUUUUUGUAAAUUUGUCUGUGGAAAUUGUUUUAAGUAGUCCUUGUGCAUUGAGUUGUAUGGUUUGUUAAACUUUGAAAUCAAUGUUUUUUGUUUGGCAUACAUUUUAAAGUGGAAAAAACUGAGUCAAAGCGUAAUUCCGUUAUCGUGGAAUUGCCCAAAAACUUUAGGCCUAUUUGACCUUCAGCUUUGGUGCUCUCCCUUCUGUCUACGAUCUACAUUGUCCUCUUGCAUUAUGUUAAUAGUCUAUCGACCACAUAUUUAUUGAAAUAGGCUAUGGCAAAUAGGAAUAGGCCAUUUGGUAUGUCGUCUGGCUCUGCGCUGCCCUGUUGUGCGCACUUUACUGCACGGUGCCAGUCAAGAUCAAAUAGGCUAAACUAUCAUCUCUCACAUCACGAUGUCGUCACCAUUGACGAUGGCUGACAAGCAUAGUUGAUUUACGAUUCUAUCGUAAUAUUGCCCAACCCUAUUGGACAGUGCAAGAAGCGAUUUCAGACAGCGAUACCAGUGGUCCUGAGAGCGAGAGAGAAUCUGGUGACAAACUGGUGUCUUGUUGCUGGUGCUACGGGAGAAUAGUGUUGUCUGCACUGGUUGCUGCUGGUGGGGGGUGGGGGGGAGUGGUGUCUGCACAGACAGUUGAGGCUGGUGCCAUCAGUGUUUUCCAUAAGCGCCGGCUGUCGAUAAGACUCAUUAUCAGACAGCUACUUUUUCCACUUCAUAAAUUAAGGCAACAGUAAAUAUGUUGUUCCCCACAAAUGAUGCAGCAGCCGCCCCCUUGGGCUAUUCAGUGGAUCUCUUUGGCAAGACUCAUAAUUUACCCAAGUUUCGUCAAAAUCGAGCCAGUGGUGUCUGAGAUAUUGUGUGGGUUAGCUAUACUCAUCCCUGAGUAUAUGUGCCAAAUUUAAUCACUCUGAGUCAAACAGAUCAAGAGACAUAAACAUGUACCCGUUAUAUCACCACCGUGUGGUCGAUAUGACUGUUCUUGCAUAUGUUGAUUCUUGACAGUGUUUGCAAUGUGUACCAAAUCUUGUUACAAUACGAAUGUCCUUGACUGAUUUAUAUGCAAUUAUGUGUUAGACCACGCCCAUGUGAAUGUUCAUUGGUCAAUAUCGGCCAUAUUGUUUUAUGUACUAGUCUGGAAAAUAUUGCGCUGAGAGAGAGAGAGACCUUUGGCCAUAGAUGCCACAUAUCAAGUCUCGUGCAGAUCGGUCAUUCAGUGCAAGAAGUGUAGCAUUUUAAGUGUGUUUCGUAAAAUUCAAAAUAGCAGAAAAUCCAUCAUGGCGAACCUUAUUGGUCCCAGAGGCAAAUUUGGACCUACAGUGCAUUCGGAAAGUAUUCAGACCCCUUGACUUUUUCCACAUUUUGUUACGUUACAGCCUUAUUCUAAAAUUGAUUAAAUAAUUUUUCUCUCAUCAAUCUACGCACACUACCCUAUAAUGACAAAGCAAAAACUGGUUUUUAGACAUUUUAGCAAAUUUAUUGAAAAUAAAAACUGAUAUCACAUUUACAUAAGUAUUCAGACCCUUUACUCAGUACUUUGUUGAAGCACAUUUGGCAGCGAUUACAGCCUCGAGUCUUCUUGGGUAUGACACUACGAGCUUGGCACACCUGUAUUUGGGGAGUUUCUCCCAUUCUUCUCGGCAGAUCCUCUCAAGCUCUGUCAGGUUGGAUGGGGAGCGUCGCUGCACAGCUAUUUUCAGGUCUCUCGAGAGAUGUUCGAUCGGGUUCAAGUCCGGGCUCUGGCUGGGCCACUCAAGGACAUUCAGAGACUUGUCCUGAAGCCACUCCUGCAUUGUCUUGGCUGUGUGCUUAGGGUCGUUGUCCUGUUGGAAGGUUAACCUUCGCCCCAGUUUGAGGUCCUGAGCACUCUGGAGCAGGUUUUCAGCAAGGAUCUCUCUGUACUUUGCUCCGUUCAUCUUUCCUCCAAACGUGGCGCUUGGCAUUAGGCCAAAGAGUUCAAUCUUGGUUUCAUCAGACCAGAGAAUCUUGUUUCUCAUGGUCAGAGAGUCCUUUAGGUGAAUUUUGCAUUGUUUCUCAUGGUCAGAGAGUCCUUUAGGUGCAUUUUGGCAAACUCCAAGCAGGCUGUCAUGUGUCUUUUACUGAGGAGUGGCUUCCGUCUGGCCACUCUACCAUAAAGGCCUGAUUUGGUGGAGUGCUGCAGAGAUGGUUGUCUUUCUGGAAGGUUCUCCCAUCUCCACAAAGGAACUCUGAAGCUCUGUCAGAGUGACCAUCGGGUUCUUGGUCACCUCCCUGACCAAGGCCCUUCUUCCCCCCCGAUUGCUCAGUUUGGCCAGGCAGCCAGCUCUAAGAAGAGUCUUGGUGGUUCCAAACUUCUUCCAUUUAAGAAUGAUGGAGGCCACUGUAUUCUUGGGGACCUUCAAUGCUGCAGAAAUGUUUUGGUAUCCUUCCCCAGAUCUGUGCCUCGACACAAUCCUGUCUCUGAGCUCUACGGACAAUUCCUUCGACCUCAUGGCUUGGUUUUUGCACUGACAUGCACUGUCAACCCCGUGGGACCUUAUAUAGACAAACAUUUCUAAAGACCUGUUUUCGCUUUGUCAUUAUGGGGUAUUGUGUGUAGAUUGAUGAGGAUUUUAAAAAAUCCAUUUUAGAAUAAGGCUGUAACAUAACAAAAUGUGGAAAAGGGGAAGGGGUCUGAAUACUAUAUAAUUUCAUAAAUGCUACAUCGCUAUGGCAAGACGCAUCAUUCACCCAAGUUUCGGCAAAAUCGGGCCAGUGCUUUCUGAGAUUUCACAUGCGACUAAUGCCCUGUACACAUUGUGACGUAUUUCAUUCCGCCGUAUGUCAUCUUCACAGAGUCUUGCUCCGCUAAUAUAUGGACAAGUGUAGUGUUUGUAACGCAAGAUGGAGGAGAGCCUGUCUCUCGUCAGAGAUCACAUUUAUUUUGAGAGAUUGCUGAAUAUGACCUUUUCAUUGAAGACAGGAUAAAUAUAUUGUUUCAGAUUUAAUUUUUGCCACAAUACAUUAAAUCGAAAGAGUAGACUACUCGUUUUUCUGACUAGAUUACCUAUCUACAGCCUUCCCUCAAAGUUCCUCCACAGUGAUUGAUUGACAGGUCUUAAACCCUACCGACUCUGUGACUCACAAACAUCCUGCCCCUCCCCUGACAAUCCCACCGACAGUGAUUGAUUGACAGGCCAAAAUGUUACAGGGAUAGUUCACCUAAAUAACAAAAUGACACUGGUUUCCUUACCCUAAGUGCACCCAGCCCGGAACUACCUGGCUGGCUACUUUUUUGAUUUGGAUGGCUACUCCAUGUACUUAUGGAAAACACUGUGCCAGUAGGGAUCCCCCUGUACUGUACUGUACUGUGCUGAGAUUGGGAUACAGAGCAAGACUGAAUCCUCUGAAGGCGUUACUGCAUCUUGGCACCUCAUCAUGUCUGAGACUGUUUGUCAUCCACAGUCAUGCGUAUUAGUUUUAUAACCUCUGUUCCCUAGCUUCUGUUGCAUUUGUCAUCAUCGGGAUAAUUUAAAUAGCUCAUCACUGUCUCUCUCGUGAUCUGUUUUUCCAAACAGUUAUUUGUGUGUGUGUGAUUUUUGGUUAAGGACCAUAAUUAGGCAAGCUAAGUGUAUUAUGAUGAUGACAGACUUGGUGCCUGUAUCCUGUGUCAUCUCUUCUGUCUGAAUGACCCAGGACAUUUGCAUCUUCUCCAGUGAAAAGUCUCACAAGCUAUGGCCUGACACUGUGCUCCUGCUGCUGUGCAGUUGUACUCAACAAUGAAUCAAGCAAUAUGUGAAUUGUACUUUCUUGUACACUGCAAAACUGUUCUGUUACUAUAACCUCCUGCAUUCCCCUGAACUCUUAAAGGGAUACUUCAGGGUUUUGGCAAUGAAGCCCUACUUCCCCAGAGUCGGAUGAACUCGUGGAUACCAUUUUUAUGUCUCUACCUCCCGUACGAAGGAAGUUAGAGGAUGUUUCGUGAGCCAAUUCUAACUAGCAUUAGCAUAAAGCAAAGACUGGAAGUCUCCGGGCACAAACCACUCAGAUAAUUGAGUGAGGAUCAGAAAGGAUCUCAUGCAGUGUCGCUGCUGGAAUAGCCUAUUGGUAGGGAUGUAAUGUAUUUAGAUACGUAUUGAAUUGUCUUGAAAAGGAAAGAUGCACAUCCCUACCUAAUAGUUCUGAGUGAUGUCUUCUAUCGCCUACUGACAUAAACAGGACCCCCCUCUGUCUUGGUCUGGAGGUUGCCUCAGGGCAAUUCCAUGCUAACGGAGUGACGCUGAUAGUCCGAUUUUUCACUUUCAAAUGUAUGUCAAACAAAAACCAAUGAUUGCAAAGUUAAACAAACCAUAGUACUCUAUGCCCAAGGACUAGAGUUGGGCGAUAUGGCCAAAAUAUCAUAUCACAAUAUUUGUCAAUUUUUUUAAUGGUAUUUUAUGUUUUUGAAUAAUACAAGUUAUAAAUAUGCUUCAUGUGUAGUACAUGACCCUAGGGUGGAUAUACACUGCUCAAAAAAAUUAAGGGAACACUAAAAUAACACAUCCUAGAUCUGAAUGAAUCAAAUAAUCUUAUUAAAUACUUUUUUCUUUACAUAGUUGAAUGUGCUGACAACAAAAUCACACAAAAAUGAUCAAUGGAAAUCAAAUGUAUCAACCCAUGGAGGUCUGGAUUUGGAGUCACCCUCAAAAUUAAAGUGAAAAACCACACUACAGGCUGAUCCAACUUUGAUGUAAUGUCCUUAAAACAAGUCAAAAUGAGACUCAGUAGUGUGUAUGGCCUCCACGUGCCUGUAUGACCUCCCUACAACGCCUGGGCAUGCUCCUGAUGAGGUGGCGGAUGGUCUCCUGAGGGAUCUCCUCCCAGACCUGGACUAAAGCAUCCGCCAACUCCUGGACAGUCUGUGGUGCAACGUGGCGUUGGUGGAUGGAGCGAGACAUGAUGUCCCAGAUGUGCUCAAUUGGAUUCAGGUCUGGGGAACGGGCGGGCCAGUCCAUAGCAUCAAUGCCUUCCUCUUGCAGGAACUGCUGACACACUCCAGCCACAUGAGGUCUAGCAUUGUCUUGCAUUAGGAGGAACCCAGGGCCAACCGCACCAGCAUAUGGUCUCACAAGGGGUCUGAGGAUCUCAUCAACAUGGAGGGCUGUGCGGCCCACAAAGAAAUGCUACCCCACACCAUGACUGACCCACGUCAAACCGGUCAUGCUGGUGGAUGUUGCAGGCAGCAGAACGUUCUCCACGGCGUCUCCAGACUCUGUCACGUCUGUCACGUGCUCAGUGUGAACCUGCUUUCAUCUGUGAAGAGCACAGGGCACCAGUGGUGAAUUUGCCAAUCUUGGUGUUCUCUGGCAAAUGCCAAACAUCCUGCACGGUGUUGGGCUGUAAGCACAACCCCCACCUGUGGACGUCGGGCCCUCAUACCACCCUCAUGGAGUCUGUUUCUGACCGUUUGAGCAGACACAUGCACAUUUGUGGCCUGCUGGAGGUCAUUUUGCAGGGCUCUGGCAUGCUCCUCCUGCUCCUCCUUGCACAAAGGCGGAGGUAGCAGUCCUGCUGCUGGGUUGUUGCCCUCCUACGGCCUCCUCCACGUCUCCUGGUGUACUGGCCUGUCUCCUGGUAGCGCCUCCAUGCUCUGGACACUACGCUGACAGACACAGCAAACCUUCUUGCCACAGCUCGCAUUGAUGUGCCAUCCUGGAUGAGCUGCUUACCUGAGCCACUUGUGUGGGUUGUAGACUCCGUCUCAUGCUACCACUAGAGUGAAAGCACCGCCAGCAUUCAAAAGUGACCAAAACAUCAGCCAGGAAGCAUAGGAACUGAGAAGUGGUCUGUGGUCACCACCUGCAAAACCAGUCCUUUAUUGGGGGGUGUCUUGCUAAUUGCCUAUAAUUUCCACCUGUUGUCAAUUCCAUUUGCACAACAGCAUGUGAAAUGUAUUGUCAAUCAGUGUUGCUUCCUAAGUGGACAGUUUGAUUUCACAGAAGUGUGAUUGACUUGGAGUUACAUUGUGUGGUUUAAGUGUUCCCUUUAUUUUUUUGAGCAGUGUAUAUACUUUUUUAAUUAAAUUGUUUUAAUUCUCUUCUGAUUGUUUCAAACUUCAACCAAAAAUUAUUUUCAGAAUUUUUAUCAAUUACUGCGUUUCCUGCACUUAAGUGUUCCUUUAUCCGAAUAGCUAUUCUCCUCUAUAGCUAGUUUUCCAUCCAAUUUGCGACAGAUUUCCAUGCGAAUAUUCUAAAAUCUGCAUAAAACAAUAUGCACAUUUUCCCUCCAGAGAUGUUUCCAUCAAACUGACUCAUUACGGAUAAAAGUGACGUAGUGCACAUAAAAAUAACGUUUGAGGUUAAAUUCCCAUGUACCGAAUGAAAAAUACAAGUUAAAUGGGUUUCCAUCGCAUUUUCAACUCUACUGAUGGUUUUGUCACAAACUGUUGCAUUAUAUAGCAAACAUGCCCACUCUGGUCUUGGCACGUGUGCUCUAGCCAACAUCUCGUGCAUACAUUGCGGGUAGGCUACCUGCAUAAUGAGAUUAUUAUGGAUAAGAGCAAUUUUUAUUUUUUUGGUCAAACGGCAGCCAAGCAUCAUCAUGUCACCAGAAUAAGAUAUUUAUUGGAAAGGAGCAUCAAGCUCGUGCGCUUUCACCACCCUGUGAAGUUCGUCAUAACUUAUUUCAUCUGUAGCCUAAUAAACUGCAUGGUUUUCCGAGUCGUAGUGGAAGGACCACACAACAUAUCAUCGCGUGACUCCAAGUUUACUUCAAUAUUAUGGUUAUUAUAUGAAUAUUUGCUGCAUAAAGGCGCUUCCGCUGCUAUUUUUUGCAUAAUUCAUUUUACAGAAACAAAAAGAUCCCACCAUGUCGAACAAACUAAUUGUCUGUCGGCAUUUAUAAAGUUGUACCGACAUAUCCUGUUUCCAUCAGCCCAGUCGUGACUUUUUUCAUGCGUCAUGUAAUUCAUCCACAUGAAAUGGUUGGAUGGAAACCUGGUUAAUGACCAUGUAUUUUCAAUGCAUUUAAUGGCAGUUUUACUUUCGCCACAAGUAGCAGUGUGCAGAUAUCUAAGGUUAUUUUGACACCGACGCUGCCUCACAGGCAAGUUUCACAACAAAAAACUACAUGUGCGCUCUUUCGGCGCCUCCACUGCCUCACAGGCAUGAUUCAUGGCAAAAAAGUACCUAGAAUGCGCUCUAGAAGCUCUUGACGAUCUCCGCUGUUAGCAGUCUUUUACUGGCGGUAAGAACGGAUGAUUUCCAUCAUUGUUAGAGUUUAAUCACUCAAUUAUUACAUUUAACAAACCAAACAUUGUAAUACCGUUAUGUAAGGUAAGGUAAAAAUCCAAACCGGUCCGUGCAUCAAUAGUAAAAUACGUUUUACUGGCCAGCCCUAACAAGGACUACUUUGAACAAUUUCCACAAACAUUUUUCCAAAAACACAUUUACUUGAAGUUUGGUAACAGAAUGACAGUUUGUGCUGGACUCCCAUGGAGUGUUUAACUUUGCAAUCAUUGUUUUUUGUUUGACAUACAUUUUGUGUGAAGAAUCUGAGUCUGUGCCACUGUUACUGUGGAACUGCCCCUCAGUACUGGUGCUGUGCACUGGCCUUCUCUACUCCUCCUUAAUUAUGUCUCUUAUUUUCCUCUCAAAGAUAUAAUGCAGCAGCCAAUGAUGCCGCAGUACAAGAUGUCCCAGAAUUCCAUGCAUGGGAGUCCGGCGUCGACAAACUACCAGCAAACCACUAUUUCACACAGCCCUUCUAGGUAUGACAAUAAAUUGCUCAUUCAAUAUGCUGUAAUGUUAGUGAGUCCUCUGCUAGUUCAUUCAAUACUUCUGUCAACUUCUGAGAGUUGCAGAUUCCCUUGGAAUUGACAUGUUCUUCUCAUCCUCUUCCUCUACAGUCGCUUUGCCCCUCCACAGAUGGGGUCAGGUGCCAGGUUCACGCCCCAGCAGAACAGCCCUGUGCCCAGCCCCUACGCCCCCCAAAGCCCUGCUGCUUACAUGCAGCAGUACCCUCACCCACCCAGCUACUCUCAGCACCAACAGAUCCAGCAAGGUGGGGCUGCACUUCUGCUUUUGUAUAGGAACAUGAUACAUGAUGGGGAACCUACCAACUGAUUCUCAAAUAACCAUACUGUAACUAACUAUUAUGCAUGUCAUGAUGUUGAUUCUCUGCUGAAGACCGUGUAGAAUUUGUACAUAUGGACAGAAGGGCUCCAUGCAUUAUAAACCAACACAGUUUACCCAGGUGUGUUGUGUUGAUGUUCUGUGGUCGUAGAGCUUCAUUCUUCCCCUGUCCUUUCACCUGCAUCCUCUUUUUCAGGAAGCCCCCAGAGGCCUGUGCAGCCCUGCCUAGAGGUGCAGACCCAGCCCCAGGCCUCCCCCCACCAGAACCCCUCCACCCCAACCUUAGGUACGGGAAAACCCUGGGGACAUCAUAUCAAAUAUCCACUCUCCAGCCCCAUCACCUCAAAGCUGUGACCCAUCGGCUUGUGUCUCUGUGACGUAUUAUUUGCAUCACAAAAUAUCCAUGCUCUGUCUAUGCAAUUGCAAACUGUAUUUAUAACAAUAGAGGAUGCAGUGUUGGUUUGCAGUGCACACUUGCUCGCUGCAAGAUUCCUGUGGAUUGGCAUAAUUUGUCAGGUCUCCUUUCUUUGGUGUUUUUGUUUUAUUACUUGUUUAUUUGCAUUCAUUCUACCUGUUGAAUAAGAUGAUUAACAGGUGAACCAGUGUUUAGUAUGGCUUUUGCGUAGCUGCAAGGUAAUUGAAUGAAGGUUGAUUGAUUGUAUCUGGGAUUUAUUUUGGUGUCUGUUCAGUUGCCAGUCCCAUGGUUCCUGGCGGCAUGCGGAACAUCCACGACAACAAGGUCUCUGGGCAAAUUUCAAGCAACUCAGCCAAUCACAAUGCCAGACAUGGCUCGAACGAAGACUACAUGAACAUAGUCCACAGACUAGGGAAUGAGGUAAACACAAGAAAUUAUUCAUACCAAGAUGAAACUACCAAGCAAAGAUACCAUUUUGACAUGAAAUACAAUUUCCUCUCUUGGAUCCUCAUUGCUGGUACACUGCCUGAAUGUAUUUGUUGUGUGGAGUUGUAUCCACCAGUGCUGCUUUAGUUAUAUAUAUCUGAUUCAUGUUUUUCCCAGGAGAGUGAUCCUUCCAUGAGAAAUGCCUCCUUUGCACUCCGUUCGCCCCAGUCUGUUUGUUCCCCUGCUGGCAGCGAAGGGACCCCAAAAGGUAUACCAACAGAGACCGCUAAUAUGCAUGAUCAUGCUGUGGACUGGAAAUCAUGAGUAAACCUACUUAUUCUAUGCCAAGUGUUCAUGCCUGGAUCAUAUUCAUGUUCAUAUUUGUAAAAAACCACACACAAUUUAUUUGUAUUAAUUUUUUUGGUUUCUGCAGGGUCACGACCUAGCCUCAUCCUUCAGUCCCCACACCCUUACGCUUCCCCCCGUGAAGGCGCUCCCGACCUCCUCCUGGACUCUCCUGACUGCAAGAAGAAGCAGAAGAAGCUAACUAAAGAGGAGAAGGAGCAGUUGGAUAAAGCUGCUAUGUACGACAUCGUCAGCUCUCCCUCUAAAGACUCUACCAAGCUGACGCUCAAACUGUCCCGGGUGAAGUCCUCCGAGAUGGACCAGUCCGGAGAGCUCCUACCUGGCGCAGAGGACCAGGACACUGACCUGGCCUACAACAGCCUGCAGUUCUCCCGGACGCAGCAGGACCCUGCCCACAGGUUAGGGCCAGGCCAGGGGGAGCAGUCAGGCUACCAGCAGGUCCCUGUGCUCCAGAACACUAAGCAGGCUGGAGGGGUGAUCAGCGGAGCUGUGUACGACGAUGCUGAGAUGGACGCGCUCGCUGAGAUCGAGAGGAUAGAACGGGAGACGCUCAUAGAAAGGGAGCGCUGCUCCAAAGAGGUUCAGGAUAAAGGUGAGUUUACAUUCACUAUUGCACUUAAAAAUCUAUCAUAAAAAAUAUUUUUCAGUGUGCUGAGAAAUAGGAGAAAUAACUUGCUGAUAAAAAUAAGUCCUAUGUCAGAAUAUUUUCUGAGCAAUGGUUUCCUCACUGCAGACAAGCCACUGAAGAAGCGGAAGCAGGACUCGUAUCCCCAAGAGCCUGGAGCUGGAGGUACAGCAGGGGCAACUCAGCCUGGCGUGGGAGGGGGCAAUGCUGGCAGCAAGCUGGCACCCCAGGAGGCUAGUGCUGCCAGUAAUGGUGCCAGCCGGCCUGCCCUAAUGGUCAGCAUCGACCUGCAGCAAGCAGGCAGAGCUGACGGGCAGCCAGAGGUGAACAUAGGCACCCCCACCCCUGCCCUGGAGGCCCAGCGCUGGCCUGAGGAACGCCUGGGUCCUGGGGACGGCUCCGACUCCACUGGAGUCCUGCGGCUAAACUCCAAGACAGAAGGAGACACACUACAGACUGCAGAUGUCCGGCCAGAGUUCAUCAAGCAGCGUGCCGACACCCCCAAGAAGCUGGGCCCUGACGUCCGACCAGAGACCCCCAAACACAAGCACGAAAACAGACGAGACUCGUCCAAACACCGACACGAUAGCAAACCUGACAACAGUAAGGCCCGCUCUGAGGGCAGGACGCCUGACACGCCACGACAACGGCACGAGGGUCGCUCAGACUCUGGUCACAGGGAGGACAGGUCCCGGGACAGUGACCCAUCCCGCAUCCGCAGGCCAGAGACCCCCAGCAAGUCCAGCAGGGGGGAACAUGACUCCAAACAUGGACGGGACAGAGACCGGGUGCGGGGGGAUAAGGACAGGGAGAGGAAACACAGGACAGAGGCAGGGGAACCACGGGACCGACGAUCUCCAGAGCAGCGCUCCAGGCCAGAGAGCCCGCGGGUUAAGCAGGAAGGCCGAGUGGGGGUGGACCCCAGUGGGCGCCAGAGGACUGACAGGCCAGGCCCAAACCUCAAAUCUCCCAAUAAAGAGGAGAGGAGGAGUGGGGAGGAGAAGAGGAGUGGGGAGGAGAGGAGGAGUGGGGACGGCAGCAGGAACCGACAGGACUCCAAGCAGCAACAGCAGCCUGCUGAAAACAAACAGGAGUUCCCUGCUUACCUGCUUGGGGGCAUAAAGUCUGGAGGCUUUAAGAACUUUGUGAUUCCCAAGGUGAAGCGGGAUAAGGAUGGGCAUGUAUUGGCAGCUGAGAUGAGGAAGCCUUCUCUGGGGUCUGUAGUGGAGGGCUGGAAGGAGCCCCGGGUCAAGCUGGAGCGACUGGGGCUGGUAGAGAAGAUGAAGACAGCAGCCAAACCUGUUGUGGUGCUGCAGAAACUCAGCAUCGAUGAGGUGCAGAAAAUCAUCAGGGAGAGGAAAGAUAGAAGCAGUUCCAAGUCCUCCAAGAGCAGGCCCUCUCAUUGGAAUUCUGAGAAAGGUAAGCGGAGACAUCCUGCUGUCUGCAUGACAGACUGGGUCAGCUUGUUGUGUGGGUGAACUUAAGGUUUAACUAUGGUAACCUGUAUUGACAUGUGCUUUUGACUUAUUGCUUUGAGAACUUUGAGAGUUCUAAUUACUUUGCACAUUAAUCCACUAGCAGCACAGAAUCACGUACUGUAUUUUACUCCCCUUGAAAGGAUUACGAUUUAUUGCGGGGAUUAUUUGAUUUGGUCAUGAGGCCUAGCUAAAGAUCCUGAAAACAAGAUACUAUUGGUUUUAGUUGUGGCACAUAAUGUGUCAUUGUUAGUGUAUUUAGCCCUUUCGUACAAGGGCUAAAAGAUGAUUGGGUGACGUCUCUCUGUGAGGUCUUGAUGAAUCAGUGUUGAAAGAACUGCCUCCUCAUCUGAUUGCUGAGAUAGAGUCCACCAUGCCACUGUGUGAGAGGGUGAAGAUGAACAAACGCAAGCGCAGCACCAUCAAGGAGAAGCCCAAGUACGCCGAGGUCAACUCCGAUGAUGAUGACGACGACUCUGUGACGGAGUGUAAGUACCACACAUAUAGCUUUUUUUGCACAGCCAAAUCCAAAACAAUGUUCAUUCCAAUCCCAGUAGUUGGGGGCGGGCUAAUGGUUAAUAACAAACCUCUGGUGUUUAUGAUCAAAGCUUCAUCCUUUAACUUUUUGCUCCUUCUCUCUCUCCCUACAGCUACACGGAAGCGUCACAAGAAGGAGCGGGAAAAGACGUGGGAGCCUGAUGAGCGGGAGAGGAGAGGCUCAGGGCGCAGGGGGUCCGGCAGCCGUCACCGUGAACGCAGCCCAGAGGAUUCAGACAAUGAGUCCCCACCACCCAGCAUGAGUGACCGUAAGUCUGGCACUGUCUUUAACUGACCAUCCAGCAUGAGCAUUGAUGGUUGUCUCUCUCUCUCUCUAUAUACAGUGCAUUCGGAAAGUAUUCAGACCCCUUGACUUUUUCCAUAUUUUGUUACUUUACAGCCUUAUUCUUAAUUGAUAAAAUUGUUUUUUUUCCCUCAUCAAUCUACACACAAUACCCCAUAAUGACAAAGCAAAAACAGGUUUUUAGAAAUCUUUGCAAAUGUAUAAAAAAAGAAACAACUGAAAAAUCACAUUUACAAAAGUAUUCAGACCCUUUACUCAGUACUUUGUUGAAGCAUCUUUGGCAGCGAUUACAGCCUCAUACCUUCUUGGGUAUGACGCUACAAGCUUGGCACACCUGUAUUUGGGGAGUUUCUCCCAUUCUUCUCUGCAGAUCUUCUCAAGCUCUGUCAGGUUGGAUGGGGAGCAUCGCUGCACAGCUAUUUUCAGGUCUCUCCAGAGAUGUUUGAUCGGGUUCACGUUCGGGCUCUGGCUGGGCCACUCAAGGACAUUCAGAGACUUGUCCUGAAGCCACUCUUGUGUUGUCUUGGCUGUGUGCUUAGGGUCGUUGUCCUGUUGUAAGGUGAACCUUCGCCCCAGUCUGAUGUCCUGAGUGCUCUGGAGCAGGUUUUCAUUAAGGAUCUUUCUGUACUUUGCUCCGUUCAUCUUUCCCUCAAUCCUGACUUGUCUCCCGGUCUCUGCCGCUGAAAAUAAUUCCCACAGCCGGAUGCUGCCACCAUGUUUCACCGUAGGGAUGGUGCCAGGUUUCCUCCAGACGUGACGCUUGGCAUUCAGGCCAAAGAGUUCAAUCUUGGUUUCAUCAGACCAGAGAAUCUUGUUUCUCAUGGUCUGAGAGUACUUUAGGUGCCUUUUGGCAAACAAUAUUCAUACCCCUUGACCUUUUCCACAUUUUGUUGCAUUACAGCCUGCAUUUUAAAUGGAUUAAAUUGAGAUUGUGUGUCACUGGCCUACACAUAAUACCCCAUAAUGUCAAAGUGGAAUUCGGUUAUAAGAAUUUGUUACAAAUUAAUUAAAAAUGGAAAGCUGAAAUGUCUUGAGUCAAUUGUGUAUUCAACCCCUUUGUUAUUUAUGGGAAGCCUAAAUAAGUUCAGGAGUAAAAAUGUUGCUUAACACGUCACAAUAAGUUGCAUAGACAGUGUGCAAUAAUAGUGUUUAACAUGAUUUUUGAAUGGCUACCUCAUCUCUGUACCCCACACAUAUAAUUAUCUGUAAGGUCCCUUUACAGAAGAAAAAUAUUCCAAAACAUGCAUCCUGUUUUGAAAUAAGGCACUAAAGUAAAGCUGCAAAAAAUGUGGCAAAGGAAUUACAUUUAUGUCCUGAAAACAAAGCGUUAUGUUUGGGGGAAAAUCCAACAAAACACAUCACUGAGUACCACUCUUCAAAUUUUCAAGCAUGGUGGUGGCUGCAUCAUGUUAUGGGUAUACUUGUCAUCAAGUUUUUUUGUUGAUAAAAAGAAACGACAUAGAGCACAGGCAAAAUCCUAGAGGAAAACCUGGUUCAGUCUGCUUUCCAACAGACACUGGGAGACAAAUGUACCUUUCAGCAGGACAAUAACCUAAAACACAAGGCCAAAUAUACACUGGAGUUGCUUAGCACGACGACAUUGAAUGUUCCUGAGUGGCCUAGUUACAGUUUUGACUUAAAUCGACUUCAGAAUCUAUGGCAAGACUUGAAAAUGGCUGUCUAGCAAUUAUCAACAACCAAUUUGACAGAGCUGGAAGAAUUCUGAAGAGAAUAAUGUGCAAAUAUUGUACAAUCCAGGUGUGCAAAUCUCUUAGAGACUUACCCAGAUAGACUCGCAGCUAUAAUCGCUUCCGAAGGUGAUUCUAACAUGUAUUUACUCACUUAUUCUAUACAUUUGCAAAAAAAAAAAAAAACAUUUUCAUUGAGGUAUUUGGUUAGAAAAAUAAAUCAUAUUUAAUCAUUUUUGAUUUCAGGCUGUAACACAGCAAAAUGUGGACUAACUCAAGGGGUAUGAAUACUUUCUGAAGGCCCUUAUAGAGCAUAAACCAGCAUGGCAUACCUGUGCAUUAGAUACAGGGUAAAAUGCUGAGGAUGAGUAGUAGUAAUAUUUCACUAGAUAAGUGUUGCUGUCCAAUGUCAUUGUCCUAACAUGUAUCUAUCCUGUCCAGUUGCCAGAAAGAUGAAGAAGAAGGAGAAACAGAAGAAGAGAAAGGCGUACGAGCCCAAGCUGACAGCAGAAGGUAAUUUCACUCUAAAUUCAGUAAUGUCUUUGUUGUAUGUCUUUGGUCCCAUAAGUGCAGGUUACUCACUUUCUCCAUGUUGUUUACUCAACAGAACUGAUGGACUCCUCCACAUUCAAGAGGUUCUCAGCCAGUGUGGACAACAUUCUGGAGAGCUUGGAGGACAUUGACUUCAAUGCCAUGGGUAUGCAUUAUUCAUACUUUACAGCUUUUUUUCAAUUUUCUUCGGAGGUUUGAGUCACUGUUUAAAUUACAUUUCUACCAAGAAUGGGAAAGAUAACAUUGUGAUUGUUGGAAUUAUUUUCAAAUGUAAUAGUAAAUAGUAAUGCUCAGUUAUAAAUGACGGUGACCGAACUGCCACCUCUAACUCCACAACUCUCGUCAACAGAUGACGAUGAGAUCCCACAGGAGCUUCUGCUGGGGAAACACCAGCUGAGUGAACUGGCCAGCGAAUCUGCUAAGAUCAAGGCCAUGGGCAUCACCUUCAGGGUAAGGAAGGGGAACACUGGAUGCAGGAUGAUGUCAAUCUUUUUGGCAUUCUGUUAUAUUUUUCUCAUCUGUCUCAUCCAUAGCUUUCAUCUGGUAAGUUGGUGAAGGUCCUGAACAUCCUGGAGAAAAACAUUCAGGAUGGGUCCAAACUCUCCACACUGAUGAACCAUGUAAGUUGCCCCCUCAUAUGGUUUCCCAGACCCAGAUUAAUAAUAAUAAUAAUAAUAAAUAAUAAUACGCCAUUUAGCAGACGCUUUUAUCCAAAGCGACUUACAGUCAUGCGUGCAUACAUUUUUUUUUUGUGUAUGGGUGGUCCCGGGGAUCGAACCCACUACCUUGGCGUUACAAGCGCCGUGCUCUACCAGCUGAGCUACAGAGGACCACCCAUACAUGCCACCCAACAUGCCUAAAAAGCAUGUUCCAUGGAGAAAUUCCACUAGUCUGAAUGUCUUCUCUCUCUGUCGAACAGGACGCAGACGCGGAAGACGAGGAACGACUGUGGCGUGACCUCAUCAUGGAGCGCGUGACCAAGUCAGCUGACGCCUGUCUGACGGCCCUCAACAUCAUGACGUCGGCCCGCAUGCCCAAGGCGGUGUACAUCGAGGACGUGAUUGAGAGGGUUCUACAGUACACCAAGUUUCACCUGCAAAACACCCUCUACCCUCAGUAUGACCCUGUCUACAGAGUUGACCCUCACGGAGGUCAGCACCCUAACCCCACCUUACUAUCAAAAGCAAUUGGAACAAACCAAUAACAAAAUGUGGUGAGAACUGGCCACAUAAAUGUCCAGUCCAGUCUUCAUACACUCUGUCAAACUUUGAGUGUGCUUUGUUCAAGACCAGAGCACCCAGAACAUUUGAAAGACGGUGUGUACAUACAAGACAGUGUGGUCCACUCGGAACUACCUGGGCCACUGUUAUGCAUAUCCCUGUCAUGACUGACUGAGGAAAUGGUCUCUGCUCUCCUGUUUUACUCAUCGUCUCUCCUCUCCUCCCCUCUCUCACCCAGGUGGCUUGCUGAGCUCCAGGGCUAAGAGAGCUAAAAGCUCCACACACAAGCAGAGGGUGAUCAUCAUGCUCUACAACAAGGUGUGUGACAUUGUCAGCAACAUCUCUGAGCUCCUGGAGAUACAGCUGUUGACUGACACCACCAUCCUGCAGGUGAGACUCUGCCCCUAAUGCUAUCCCUGGGGGUCAUGACCUCUCAUGACCUUUGAUUUCUGACCCCUGCUUGCUUACCUUAUAACUAAUCUCUCUCUCCUUCCCUCAGGUUUCCUCCAUGGGCAUCACUCCAUUCUUUGUGGAGAGUGUCAGUGAGCUACAGCUGUGUGCCAUCAAACUAGUGACUGCGGUAAGAAUCCAAACCAGGGUUUCCAUGGAGUUCUGCCUUUGUUCUAGAAUUUAUUCCCUUUUAUUGUGCAUCCAUUACAUACAUCCCUUGUAUAGCAGUGCCAGGGUUGCUCAUGAUGUGGUGCCUCAAACGUGGGUUCCCAUGGAGUUCUGGAUUUGUUCUAGAAUACACUAUAUUCCCUUUCAUUGUGUAUGUAUUGCAAUGUCAGGGUAACUGUAAUGAUGAGCCUUUCCUCCUGGUCUCCCUCAGGUGUUCUCUCGCUAUGAAAAACACAGGCAGCUCAUCCUGGAAGAGAUCUUCACCUCUCUGGCCAGACUACCCACCAGCAAACGCAGCCUCAGGAACUUCAGGUAACUGCACCUACAGAGAACAUGCGCCACGAGAGACCAUAUAAGUUCUCAAGGAGAAUUUCAGAAAUGCUAAUAAUGUUAUGAAGUUCAUAUUUUCAAACCAUUUUCUUAUUAUUUUCAGAAUGUUUACCAAGUUUCAGGUUUUAAUGUCACCUGCACAAGUAAAAUGCCUUUCUUGCUAGCUCUAAACCCAACAAUGCCGUAAUCAAUGUCGAUGUAGUACUGAAUAUACGGCCGAGUGGCACAGCGGUCUAAGGCACUGCAUGAGGCGUCACUACAGACCCGGGUUCAAUCCCAGGCUGUGUCACAACCGGCCGUGACCGGGAGUCCCAUAGGACGGCGCACAAUUGGCCCAGGUUAGGGGAGGAUUUGGCCGGGGGGGCUUUACUUGACUCAUCGCGCUCUAGCAACUCCUUGUGGCAGGACUGGUGCCUGCAGGCUGACUUCGGUCGUCAGUUGAACAGUGUUUCCUCCGACACAUUGGUGCAGCUGGCUUCCGGGUUAAGCGGGCGGGUGUCAAGAAACGCGGUUUGGCGGGUCAUUUUUCAGAGGACGAAUGAUUCAACCUUCGCCUCUCCCGAGCCUGUUGGGGAGUUGCAGCAAUGAGACAAGAUUGUAAUUGGAUCGCAAUUGGAUAUCACGAAAUUGGGGAGAAAAAAGGGGAUAAAAAACCAACAACAAAACAAAUAGAAAUAAGAAGAACACAAUGUAAAUAAGCUUUAUACAGGGUCAGUUCCAAUACCAUACAAUGUGCAGGGAUACUGGAGUUAUAGUUAGAUAUGUACAGUGCAUCAUUCGAAAAGUAUUCAGACCCCUUGACUUUUUCCACAUUUUGUUACGUUGCAGCCUUAUUCUAAAAUUGAUUACAUCGUUUUUUCCCAUUAUCAAUCUACACACAAUACCCCGUAAUGACAAAGCAAAAACAGGUUUUAACUCUGGAACCUUAUAUAGACAAGUGUGUGCCUUUCCAAAUCAUGUCCAGUCAAUUUAAUUUACCACAGGUGGACUCCAAUCAAGUUGUAGAACAUCUCAAGGAUGAUCAAAUGAAACACGAUUCACCUGAGCUCAAUUUUGAGUCUCAUAGCAAAGGGUCUGAAUACUUAUGUAAAUGUCAUAUUUCAUUUUUUAUACUUUUUUAUAAAUUUGCAACAAUUUCUAAAAACCAGUUUUUGCUUUGUCAUUAUGUGGUAUUGUGUGUAGGUUUAUGAGGAAAAUGUUUUAAUUAAUCCCUUUUAGAAUAAGGCUGUAACGUAACAAAAUGUGUAAAGUAAAGGGGUCUGAAUACUUUCCGAAUGCACUGUAUAGGGAUAAGGUGACUAUGCAUCAGCAUACAGUGGCUUGCGAAAGUAUUCACCCCCCUUGGCAUUUUUCCUAUUUUGUUGCCUUACAACCUGGAAUUAAAAUGGAUUUUUUGGGGGGUUUGUAUCAUUUGAUUUACACAACCUGCCUACCACUUUGAAGAUGCAAAAUAUUUUUUUGGGGUGAAACAAACAAGAAGUAAGACAAAAAACAGAACUUGAGUGUGCAUAACCAUUCACCCCCCCCCAAAGUCAAUACCUUGUAGAGCCACAUUUUGCAGCAAUUACAGCUGCAAGUCUCUUGGGGUAUGUCUCUAUAAGCUUGGCACAUCUAGCCACUGGGAGUUUUGCCCAUUCUUCAAGGCAAAACUGCUCCAGCUCCUUCAAGUUGGAUGGGUUCCGCUGGUUGUACAGCAAUCUUUAAGUCAUAUCACAGAUUCUCAAUUGGAUUGAGGUCUGGGCUUUGACUAGGCCAUUCCAAGACAUUUAAAUGUUACCCCUUAAACCACUUGAGUGUUACUUUAGCAGUAUUAGGGUCAUUGUCCUGCUGGAAGGUGAACCUCCGUCCCAGUCUCAAAUCUCUGGAAUACUGAAACAGGUUUCUCUCAAGAAUUUCCCUGUAUUUAGCGCCAUCCAUCAUUCCUUCAAUUCUGACCAGUUUCCCGGUCCCUGCCGAUGAAAAACAUGGGGAUGGUGUUCUCGGGGUGAUGAGAGGUGUUGGGUUUGCGCCAGACAUAGCGUUUUCCUUGAUGUCCAAAAAGCUCAAUUUUAGUCUCAUCUGACCAGAGUACCUUCUUCCAUAUGUUUGGGGAGUCUCCCACAUGGCUUUUGGCGAGCACCAAACGUGUUUGCUUAUUUUUUUCUUGAAGCAAUGGCUUUUUUCUGGCCACUCUUCCAUAAAGCCCAGCUCUGUGGAGUGUACGGCUUAAAGUGGUCCUAUGGACAGAUACUCCAAUCUCCACUGUGGAGUUUUGCAGCUCCUUUAGGGUUAUCUUUGGUCUCUUUGUUGCCUCUCUGAUUAAUGCCCUCCUUGCCUGGUCUGUGAGUUUUGGUGGGCGGCCCUCUCUUGACAGGUUUGUUGUGGUGCUAUAUUCUUUCAAUUUUUUUAUAAUGGAUUUAAUAGUGCUCCGUGGGAUGUUCAAAGUUUCAGAUAUUUUUUUAUAACCCAACCCUGAUCUGUACUUCUCCACAACUUGGUCCCUGACCUGUUUGGAGAGCUCCUUGGUCUUCAUGGUGCCGCUUGCUUGGUGGUGCCCAAUUCUUAGUGGUGUAUUUUGUGUAUGUCCAUUACAUGAAAUCCCCCAAAAAAUCUAUUUAAAUUACAGGUUGUAAUGCAACAAAAUAGGAAAAACGCCAAGGGGAAUGAAUACUUUUGCAAGGCACUUUUGUACAGUGCCUUCAGAAAGUAUUCAUACCCCUCGACUUAUUCCACAUUUUGUGGUGUUGCAUCCUUAAUUUAAAAUGGAUUAAAAAAAUUUGUGAAAAUGUUUUUACAUAAAUAUUCACACCCCUGAGUCAAUACUUUGUAGAAGCACCUUUGGCAGUGAUUACAUCUGUAAGUCUUUCUGGUUAAGUCUCUAAGCGCUUUCCACACCUGGUUUGUGCAACAUUUGCCCAUUAUUCUUUUCAAAAUUCUAGACAACCAUUUUCAGAUCUUGCCAUAGAUUUUCAAGUAGAUUUAAGUCAAAACUGUAACUCGGCCUCUCUGUAACAUUCACUGUCUUCUUGGUAAGCUUCUUCAGUGUAGAUUUGACCUUGUGUUUUAGGUUAUUUUCCUGCUGAAAGGUGACUUCAUCUCCCAGUGUCUUGUGGAAAGCAGACUGAACCAGGUUUUCCUCUAGGGUUUUGCCUGUGCUUAGCUCCAUUCUUUUUCAUUUCUCCCCCUGAAAAACUCCCCAGUCCUUAACGAUUACAAGCAUACCCAUAACAUGAUGCAGCCACCACUAUGCUUGAAAAUACGGAGAGUUGUUCUCAGUAAUGUGUUGUAUUGGAUUGGCCCCAAACUUAACACUUUGUAUUCAGGACAAAAAGUUAAUUGCUUUGCCAAAUGUUUUGCAGUAUUACUUUAGUGCCUUGUUGCUAACGGGAUGCAUGUUUGGGAAUAUUUAUAUUCUGUAAAGGGACCUUACAGAUAAUUGUAUGUGUGGGGUACAGAGAUGAGGUUCCUUCUUUUUACUCUGUCAAUUAGGUUAGAAUUGUGGAGUAGCUACAAUGUUGUUAAUCCAUCCUGAGUUUUCUCCUAUCACAGCCAUUAAACUCUGUAACUGUUUUAAAGUCACCAUUGGCCUCAUGGUGAAAUCCCUGAGCGGUUUCCUUCCUCUCCGGCAACUGAGUUAGGAAGGACACUUGUAUCUUUGUAGUGACUGGGUGUAUUGAUACACCAUCCAAAGUGUAAUUAUUAACUUCCAUGCCUCCCUGGUCUUUGUGGUUGAAUCUGUUUGAAAUGCACUGCUCGACUGAGGGACCUUACAGAUAAUUGUAUGUGUGGGGUACAGAGAUGAGGUAGUCAUACAAAAUUCAUGUUAAACACUAUUAUUGCAAAUUUUUACUCCUUAACUUAUCUAGGCUUGCCGUAAAAAAGGGUUUAAAUACUUAUUGACUCAAGACAUUUCCGCUUUGACAUUAUGGGGUAUUGUGUGUAGGCCCGUGACAAAAAAAAUCCACAUUUAAUCCAUUUUAAAUUCAGGAUGUAAUACACAAUUUUGGGAAAAAGUCAAGGGGUGUGAAUACUUUAUGAAGGCACUGUAUGAUAAACAGUAGCAGCAGUGUAUAUGAUGAUUGUAUGUGAGUGUGUGUGUAGUCAGUAUAAAUGUGUGUGCAUGUUAUGUGUGUGUGAGCAAAUAAAGUGAGUGUGUGUGUUGGAGUGUCAAGAGUGCGUGAAUGUGUAGAGUCCUGUGAGUGUGCAUAGAGACAGUGCAAAUAUAAAAUACAAGGGUCAACUCAGAUAGUCCAUGUAGCCAUUUUGUUAGCUAUUUAGCAGUCUUAUGGCUUAGCGAUAGACGCUGUUCAGGAUACUGUCGGUGUCAGACUUGAUGCACUGUUACCGCUUGCUGUGUGAAAGCAGAGAGAACAGUCUGGCUUGGGUGGCUGGAGUCUUAAACGAUUUUCCGGGCCUUCCUUUCACACCGCCUGAUAUAGAGGUCCUGGAUGUCAGGGAGCUCGGCCUCAGUGAUGUACUGGGCUGUCCGCACCACCCUCUGUAGCGCCAUGCGAUCGAGGGCGGUGUUGUUGUCAUACCAAGCAGUUAAGCAGCCAGUCAAGAUGCUCUCAAUGGUGCAGCUGUAUAACUUUUUGAGGAUUUGAGGGCCAAUGCCAAACCUUUUCAGCCUCCUGAGGGGGAAGAGGCGCUGUCAUGCCUUCUUCACGACUGUGGACCAUUUUAAAGUCGUUAGUGAUUUGGACGCUGAGGAAUUUGAAGCUCUCGACCCGCUCCACUGCAGCCCCAUCGAUGUGGAUGGGGGAGUCGUUCCCCCCCCCCCCUUUCCUGUAGUCCACGAUCAGAUCAUUGGUCUUACUGACGUUGAGGGAGAGGUUGUUGUCCCGACACCACACUGCCAGGGGUCCUCAUGUAUAAACCAUGCGUACGUACAAAAUAUACCCCAAAACAUGCAUGCGCCAGUUUUCGCGCAAAGGUUGCCAUUUAUAAAACUUGAUGUGAGAAUGUGCUCGCCUUCCCGCAAACUUUAGACCAUAAUAAUAAAUAAUAAUAUGCCAUUUAGCAGACGCUUUUAUCCAAAGCGACUUACAGUCAUGGGUGCAUACAUUUUUGUGUAUGGGUGGUCCCGGGGAUCGAACCCACUACCCUGGCGUUACAAGCGCCGUGCUCUACCAGCUGAGCUACAGAAGACCACAGUUUCUUGUUUUUGAAGUACUGUAUUGCAUUGCAAGCAGCCUAGUAUUUUGUGCAAAUGGGGGAUAAGAUGGGCACGUUUGUUCAUAACAAAUAACAGGUUAAUAACAAGAUGCAAUCAUUUGCCGUUAGUGAGAAGAGAAAACAUCAAUUUCGUUUAUCUUUGCAUUCUAAAAUAAUUAGAAAUAGGCAUCUAUUUCUUAGACUAUAUUAUUUAUUUCAUUUCCAUGAUCAUUGCAGAAUAGAUUCCUCACAUUUUCUGUGAUGAUUUCAUACUCACAAGGUAGUCUAUAGGCCUACAACAAGUUAGGAUACCAUUCUCCCCGUCUCUCAUUUAAUUGGACCCACUUCACAGUAGUAUAUAAACUCAGCAUAAAAAGAAACGUCCCUUUUUUUUCUUUCAAAGAUAAUUCAUAAAAAUCCAAAUAACUUCACAGAUCUUCAUUGUAAAGGGUUUAAACACUGUUUCCCAUGCAUGUUCAAUUAACCAUAAACAAUUAAUGAACAUGCACCUGUGGAACGGUCGUUAAGACAUUAACAGUUUACAGACGGUAGGCAAUUAAGGUCACAGUUAUGAAAACUUAGGACACGAAAGAGGCCUUUCUACUGACUCUGAAAAACACCAAAAGAAAGAUGCCCAGGGUCCCUGCUCAUCUGCGUGAACGUCCCUUAGGCAUGCGGCAAGGAGACAUGAGGACUGCAAAUGUGGCCAGGGCAAUAAAUUGCAAUGUCCAUGCUGUGAGACGCCUAAGACAGCGCUACAGGGAGACAGGACGGACAGCUGAUCGUCCUCGCAGUGGCAGACCACGUGUAACAACACCUGCACAGGAUCGGUACAUCCGAACAUCACACCUGCGGGACAGGUACAGGAUGGCAACAACAACUGCCCGAGUUACACCAGGAAUGCACAAUCUCUCCAUCAGGGCUCAGACUGUCCGCAAUAGGCUGAGAGAGGCUGGAAUGAGGGCUUGUAGGCCUGUUGUAAGGCAAGUCCUCACCAGACAUCACCGGCAACAACGUCGCCUAUGGGCACAAACCAACCGUCGCUGGGCCAGACAGGACUGGCAAAAAGUGAUCUUUACUGACGAGUCGCGGUUUUGUCUCACCAGGGGUGAUGGUCGGAUUCGCGUUUAUCAUCGAUGAAUGAGCGUUACACCGAGGCCUGUACUCUGGAGCGGGAUCGAUUUGGAGGUGGAGGGUCCUGUCAUGGUCUGGGGGCGGUGUGUCACAGCAUCAUCGGACUGAGCUUGUUGUCAUUGCAGACAAUCUCAACGCUGUGCAUUACAGGGAAGACAUCCUCCUCCCUCAUGUGGUACCCUUCCUGCAGGCUCAUCCUGACAUGACCCUCCAGCAUGACAAUGCCACCAGCCAUACUGCUCAUUCUGUGCGUGAUUUCCUGCAAGACAGGAAUGUCAGUGUUCUGCUAUGGCCAGCGAAGAGCCCGGAUCUCAAUCCCAUUGAGCACGUCUGGGACCUGUUGGAUCGGAGGGUAAGGGCUAGGGCCAUUCCCCCCAGAAAUGUCUGGGAACUUGCAGGUGCCUUGGUGGAAGAGUGGGGUAACAUCUCACAGCAAGAACUGGCAAAUCUGGUGCAGUCCAUGAGGAGGAGAUGCACUGCAGUACUUAAUGCAGCUGGUGGCCGCACCAGAUACUGACUGUUACUUUUGAUUUUGACCCCCCCUUUGUUCAGGGACACAUUAUUCAAUUUCUGUUAGUCACAUGUCUGUGGAACUUGUUCAGUUUAUGUCUCAGUUGUUGAAUCUUGUUAUGUUCAUACAAAUAUUUACAUGUUAAGUUUGCUGAAAAUAAAAGCAGUUGACAGUGAGAGGACGUUUCUUUUUUUGCUGAGUUUAGAUAAGCUAUUUCAAGUAUUUUGCUCUAUGCCAUCCGAUCCGGAGCGCAUUUUAUUAACGGUAGAACAGAUGAUUGCAGGCUACUCCUGUACGUCUGAAUACUGUGAUUUCUAAUUUCUAGAGUAGACAGUAUUUCAUUUGUAAACCUAAUACAUAUUGUCAUAACCUUUGCAGAUUAAAUUCUUCAUAUUUUCUGGCCAUGUUGGGGCCAUAGCCUACAACAAAUUAUUAUGCACAUCUCAUUUAAUUGGGCCUAUUUUAUAGGCUAUUAUUUCAAGUAUUUUGCUCUAUGAGUAAGAUAUGGAGCUUGGUUUAUAACAUAAAGUAGAAUUUAACAGGUAUUUUGCAUUGAAGUGUGUAUGGCUACCACUGUAAGUAGACAAUGUUGCAGAUUUUGCAGGCAGUACAGCAUAUAGGUUUGAGAAAAAGUCAAUGCAAAACAUUAGGCCCAAAGAAAUUAUCAAACGAUCUGUUUACAGGUCCACAGCAAUUUGCAAUAGUUUUUGUCUUUCAGAAACAUUUUGUCUGUCAGUUAGCCUAGGCCUACAGCAAAUGUCACUGCAAAAGUUUAACAGUCUGCCAUCAAACCUCCAAAGACAUUUGAUUAGGUUCGCCAUUGCUAUUUCCUUUAGAAACUGCCUUGGCCUAAUUCCAAUACUUCCAAAGUAUACAGCAAAUAGGGGCGUUAAUGUCACCGUAAAAGGUGAAUGAUGGGUGUUUUUCAGGUGGAGUUAUAAUGCUCGUUCACGCACGCACAGUUUCAGGACGGGUCUGAUUUAUAACGGGAAACAUGCGUAUGUAUAUCGUGAGCCAAUUUUUUAAAUCUCUAUUUUUGUACGUACGCAGUGUUUUCAGAAAUGGUGCACGCAGAUAUUUAGUGUUACAUUUACGCAACAGUUAUAAAUGAGGCCCCAGGUCACUGGCUGUCUCAUCGUCCCCGGUGAUCAGGCCUACCACUAUCAUGUCGUCAGCAAACUUGAUGAUGGUGUUGGAGUCAUGCGUGGGUAAACGGAGUACAGGAGGGGGGGCGCAAUUGAGAUUUGAAAUGAAUUGUCUGUAUGUGUCUUUAUCUAUGUGUGCGUCCCUAGGCUGAACAGCAGUGAUAAGGAUGGGGAGCCCAUGUACAUCCAGAUGGUCACAGCUCUGGUGCUUCAGCUUAUCCAGUGUGUGGUGCACCUCCCCAACAACAGGGACAGCCACGAGGAGUACGAUAAGAAGGUAUGUUAGGGAUGGCCAUGCUGACUGGGCUAGGAAUCAUCUGAUGGACAUCUUGGCCAAAGAGUUCAGGACUUUUUUUUAUUCACAAUUGCUCGUGCUUUUCCCAGGUGGACCAAGAUGUCCUGAUCACCAACUCUUAUGAGACGGCCAUGCGAGCAGCUCAGAACUUCCUGUCCGUCUUCCUAAAGAAGUAAGAUGAUCUCUCUAAACAGCCUUUCAUUCUUCUCACAAUCAAACUAGAUUAGAACUGUUAUUAGAAAAUGGUGUAAGAUAUCUGUUUAUGAAACUGUAAGCUCUUUGACCAAACCUCUGUGUUCCUCUGUCUGUGUUUCAGGUGUGGCAGUAAGCAGGGAGAGGAGGACUACCGCCCUCUGUUUGAAAACUUUGUCCAGGACCUGCUGUCUACGGUGAACAAACCAGAGUGGCCAGCUGCUGAGCUUCUCCUCAGUCUGCUGGGUCGUCUACUGGUGAGUCCAUCCAUCAUAGCUAAAUCAAUCAGUUAUUGGCCAGCUGUUGAGCUAUUGAUAAAAGCACAUGGGACUUAUUUGCUGUUUUGGAAAGAAAAAUCAGCCUGAAUGACACUCUUCACCCUAUCCUCUGUUCCAGGUGCACCAGUUUAGCAAUAAGCAGACAGAGAUGGCUCUGAGGGUGGCAUCGCUAGACUACCUGGGGACCGUCGCUGCCCGCCUGCGCAAAGAUGCCGUCACCAGCAAGAUGGACCAGCGCUCCAUCGACCGCAUCCUCAGAGAGGUAGCUAGGCGUUUAGUCUGACCAUAACAAUGCUCAACCACAUCCUCAAAGUCAACUGUCAUUCAAGAUAUACCCAGCAAAAUGCUAACACAAUGUUGUUGCUGUUUUGUCAUCAACCCAGACUCAAGGCAAUGAUGAGACCCAGCAGCUGCAGAAGGCCCUGUUGGACUACAUGGAUGAGAACGCAGAGACGGAUCCGUCUCUAGUUGUGAGUGUAUUUACUGCACAUACCGUAGUUAUAGCUACCCAUUAUUCAGUGGUGUAAAGUACUUAGCCAAGUAAAAAUACUUUAAAGUACAACUUUUUUGGGGUAUCUGUACUUUACUUUACUAUUUAUAUUUUUGACUACUUUUACUUUACUACAUUCCUAAAGAAAAUAGUGUACUUUUUACUCCAUACAUUUUCUCUGACACCCAAAAGUACUCGUUACAUUUUGAAUGCUUAGCAGGACAGGAAAAUGGUCCAUUCACACACUUAUCAAGAGAUCUCUGGUCAUCCCUACUGCCUCUGAUCUGGCAGACUCACUAAACAGGCAUGCUUUGUUUGUAAAUGAUGUAAAUGAGUGUUGGAACGUGCCCCUGGCUAUCCGUACAUUUUAAAAACAAGAAAAUGGUGCCGUAUGGUUUGCUUAAUAUAAUGAAUUAUAAAUUAUUUAUACUUUUACUUUUGAUACCUAAAUAUAUUUUAGCAACUUAAUUUACAUGUGAUACUUAACCUAUAUUUAAAACCAAAUACUUCUAGACUAUUACUCAAGUAAUAUUUUAUUGGGUGACUUUUACUUGAGUCAUUUUCUAUUAAGGUAUCUUUACUUUUACUCAAGUAUGACAAUUGAGUACUUUUUCCACCACUGCUAUUAUUCACAUAUCAGGUUUGAGAUGUAACUGUUGAUUUCUGCUGCUGCCUUCAGUUUGCCAGGAAGUUCUACAUCGCUCAGUGGUUCAGGGACACUUUGACAGAGAUGGAGAAGGCCAUGAAGUCUCAGAACCAGCGAGGGGAUGAGGACUCUUCUGAAGGCCAGCACCACGCCAAGGACAUCGAGACCACCGGAGAGAUCAUGCAGAGAGCCGAGGCACGCAAGAAGUACCUCCGCAACAUCAUCAAGACCGCGCCCUCGCAGUUCAGCACACUGAGGUAGGACUCAACCCUCACUGUCCCACUGUCAGUACACAUCACAGUACUGUCAUGUGCUUCAACCUCAAUGUUUGCCUGUGUCUAUUUUUUUUUUUAAAUGCAUUAUUCUCUUCCUCUCUUCCCCCACAGGAUGAACUCUGACACUGUGGACUAUGACGACUCCUGCCUGAUUGUCAGAUAUUUGGCCUCUAUGAGGCCGUUCGCGCAGAGCUUCGAUAUUUAUUUAACACAGGUAAAAGCAUGCAAGAGUGAUUUGGUUAAGUUCCUUCAUGUGUGUAUUGUGAACCAGUGUGGUUAAUUUGGUGCUCUGUGUGAAUGGCUUGUAAAUAAUGGGUCCUUGUUCUCUCUCUCUCUCUCUCUCUCUCUCUCUCUUUAUCUCUCUCUCUCUCUCUCUCUCCUCUUCAACAGAUCUUGAGAGUGCUGGGGGAGAGUGCCAUAGCUGUCAGAACUAAAGCCAUGAAGUGUUUGUCUGAGGUGGUGGCUGUAGACCCCAGUAUUCUGGCCAGGGUGAGUCUGCUCUACCCAACAUUAAACCUGAUCCACCUAAAUAUACUCAGAGCCUGUUUGUCUGUGCAUAAGUGUCUCCUCAGUCCUCAUCCUCUCCUCCUCUCAUCAGUUGGACAUGCAGCGCGGGGUCCAUGGUCGUCUGAUGGACAACUCCACCAGUGUACGCGAGGCUGCUGUGGAGCUGCUGGGACGCUUUGUGCUGAGCAGACCCCAGCUCACAGAGCAGUACUACGACAUGCUGAUUGAGAGGAUACUGGUAACGAACACACACCAUAAUACACACCAUAAUACACACCUCAACAAGCAGGCUAACGCACAUCUUUAUACACAGACAGAGACACAGCGGGACACUCACCCUAAACACAGCUGUGAAGUGUCAGAUAGGAUAACAUGCCUCAGAGCCCUUUCUGUGGGCUGUAGGAGAAUGAGAAGGCAUCAGCUCACACAGAGCAGUGAGUAAUGGAACUGGGCCCAUGUCGCUGGUCACCUAGCUGAGGGUUCAUUCCAAGUGUAAAAGUUCACUUAAGGUAAUAUCCUUUUUUCCACACUGCCACCUAUGGCUCUGCUGGAGAACUGCAGGCUCCUCAAAUGAAAAACGAAGUCCAGAUGAGCGGCUAUCAUUUCGGCUCUACUCAACAAGAGUUACUCCGAUUAUCAUUUUGUUAAUAUGACAUGAUAUAUUUAAUGUUUAACUUAUUUUGGAUAAUAUAUAUUAUGAUCGCUUGUAAUAUAAUUUUGAAAAUGCAGGGGUAAGUAACCCUGGAGUAAACAAUGUGUAAAUAUGGUGGAAGUUGCAUCUGGGUCCUGUGUGGCUCAGUUGAUAGAGCAUGGUGCUGACAACGCCAUGGUUGUGGUUUGGAUUCCCACGGGGGAUCAGUACGAAAAAGUACAAAAUUGUAUACACUCAAGUCGCUAUGGAUAAGAGCGUCUGCUAAAUGACUAAAAUGUAAAUGUAUUCAUUCUGCCCCUCUUUUUCCAGGACACGGGUAUCAGUGUGAGGAAGAGGGUGAUUAAGAUUCUUAGAGACAUCUGUCUGGAGCAACCCACCUUCAACAAGAUCACUGAGAUGUGUGUCAAGAUGAUCCGCAGGGUCAAUGACGAGGAGGGCAUCAAGGUCUGCAUCUGUAAAUGUCUGUGUUUCAUGUGUGAAUGGAUAUGUCACAGGGCUGCAUAAAGUUACCUGUCUUUGUGUGCAUAUUUCAAAAUGUUGCACCACGUUCUUCUUCAGAAACUUGUGAAUGAGACCUUCCAGAAACUCUGGUUCACCCCUACACCCAAUAACGAUAAAGACGCCAUGACCCGUAAAAUCCUCAACAUCACAGACGUGGUGAGUUCCAGGGCUCAAAGCUGAGCACAGAACUACCAAACAGACAAAUACCUUUCCAAUAUACAUCUCGGUCUGUGUCACUGUAUUUGAGGCGUGACUGUUCAACAUGUCUUGACCUGAUGACAUCAUCUUUCUUAGGUGUCCGCAUGCAAAGAUACAGGCUAUGACUGGUUUGAGCAGCUGCUUCAAAACGUGAGUAUUUUGAAUUGUGUCUUUGUAUUUCAUGGUAAUAGUUGACCUGGAGUUUUGUUCCUAACUUUUUUUUUUUUGCAUUGGCUCAGUUUCAUUGAUUGUCACAUUUAGGCCUAUUUAUGGUUAAUGAGAGUAUCAAGCACAGGAAGUAAUAGUGUUUACUUCAGGUUGUCCUUGAGACGUCUGUACUGUGACUUAUUUGUCAGUUUUCUCUAAUGAGAGCUGUUGCAAAUGAGUUCAAGACAGACCUGUUAUGUUGUGUGCCUCAUCUCACAACCUCCCCGUACUCUAUCUCUGUUCAGCUGCUGAAGACCGAGGAAGAUGCCGCAUAUAAGCCAGCCAGAAAGGCCUGCGUUCAGCUGGUGGACAAUCUAGUGGAACACAUCCUCAAAUAUGAAGAGUCUCUCACUGGUAUGGAGCUCACAGCUAUCUUUGGUGUACUUGAUUUCAAAUUGCCAUUUAUACUGACACAUUAAUGUACUGUUGAUUAGGAUAUGAUAAACUCUCAUGGACUGUGAGAAAGAAAGUCCAGUUGAGUCUGAAGGAAUGAUCUGUGUUUCUGUUGGUGUUUCAGACAUUGAGAACAAGGGGGUGAACUCCAACCGUCUGGUGUCCUGCAUCACCACCCUCUUUCUGUUCAGUAAAAUCCGAUCCCAGCUAAUGGUCAAACAUGCCAUGACCAUCCAGCCUUAUCUCACCACCAAGUGCAACGUAAGGACACGGCAAACUUUCUCUCCUCAAUUUGUAGAUAUGUACUGUAGUUAUUGUGAUGUUUUUUUAUAAAAGAAGGAAUUGAAUAUUGAGCCAGGUGUAAGAAAGUUCAAGGGACAAAAAGUGUCCACUUGAUUUUACAUAGAAUUCUAGGGCCAUCUAGUGGUUGAUCAUUGUCGGUACAAGUUGUAUACAACAACGUGACCAACGGGGUCAAACUGUGUCUCACAACAUAGAAAUCUCUCUGGCUGUAUCAAUAUGGAUUUCUCUUGUGUUUCCAGACCCAGAGUGACUUCAUGGUGAUCUGUAACGUGGCCAAGAUCCUGGAGCUGGUGAUACCUCUGAUGGAGCACCCCUCUGAGACCUUCCUCACCACCAUAGAGGAAGACCUGAUGAAGCUCAUCAUCAAAUACGGCAUGACAGUAAGUCUCUAGUAAAGGCUACAGCGUGUACCCAGGUUCAAUACUAAAAUAACCGCGAAGGAACAAAUAAAAGGAGUUAAAAUGCUGUUUUUAGUUAUUCUGUAAUCUUGUUUCUCAGGUUGUGCAACACUGUGUGAGCUGUCUUGGAGCUGUGGUGAACAGGGUCACUCGCAACUACAAGUUUGUUUGGGCUUGUUUCAACCGUUACUAUGGUGCCCUGACCAAGCUGAAGACCCAGCACUCUGAGGACUCCAACAACCCUGUUCUGGCUGCUAACAAACCGGCCUUGCUGCGCUCGCUGUUCACUGUGGGGGCACUCUGUCGCCACUUUGACUUUGACGAGGAGGAAUUCAAGGGCCCCACAAAGGUCGGUCCAGGAAGACUCAUUUUUCUUAACAUUGUUGUGACCAACUUUUUUUAAUUUUUAUAUACAAUACUUUUAUGAAAGACAGGAAUAAGAACUUGAUGUUGCUUUUCCCUUUGUGUGUUGUAGGUUGUGAUAAAGGACAAAGUGAUGGAGCUUCUGCUGUACUUCACUAAGCAUGAAGAUGAGGAAGUCCAGACCAAGGCCAUCAUUGGUCUAGGUAAAGUUCAGCUCACCCUACCACAGACCAUGUGUUGCUCUAACAAUGACCCUUCUGUAUUGCAGCACCUUUCAAACUUCUGUUAUCCACCACCAAUGGCUUGUUUCCCUGGUCCCUCAGUGCUUGUGCUGAUAUUCCUCUUUCUUCCUAUUCUCUGUUCUCCAGGCUUCCAGUUCAUCCAAUACCCAGGGCUGAUGUUCAUGCAGGAUGUGAUGAGUCUGUACAACGGCAUCCUGUCGGACAGGAAGAGCUCUGUCAACCUGAAGAUCCAGGUGCUGAAGAACCUGCAGACAUACCUGCAGGAGGAAGACUCGCGCAUGCAGGAGGCCGACCAACAUUGUGAGUCUCGCCUCUGUGUCCAUUCAAUAUAAUAUAUAUGCUAUUUACUUAUCCAAAGUGACUUACAAAAUGGAGUGCAUACAUUUUUGUAUUGGUGGCCCUAGCUCAUUUAUUCAUAUCAAUACAGGUAGAAAAGAACUCCACACAAGCACAGCAAUAUCUUCAAGUUGAUAGAAUGGGGCUAAGGAUAUUGGGUGUGUUAGUUAGGGCAUGCCUCCAUGAUGUUGUUGUCUAGUGGUUAGUUUCCUAAAUGGCUCUUGUCUUUGUGCGUCUGCAGGGAAGAAGCUGUCGAAGCAGGAGGACCUGAAGGAGAUGGGGGACAUCUCAUCAGGUAUGAGCAGCUCCAUCAUGCAGCUGUACCUGAAGCAGGUGCUGGAGGCCUUCUUCCAUACACAGUCCAACGUACGACACUUUGCCCUCAACGUCAUCGCCCUGACGCUCAACCAGGGCCUCAUCCAUCCUGUACAGGUAUGCUUCCACCUCAGACACUUAGACAGUACACACCACUGGGCUACUCUUCUCAGACAAGGCAUGCAUAAACUCUGGUCAGGUAAAGAAUUAGAAAAGGCUCUGGCCUAGGGGUGGUGUAGUGGUCUAGGCCGCUGCCUCCGAUGCACAUCACCAGGCGGUAAAUUAGUUAAUAGACCAAUAAGAAAGCGUUCUAAAUCUCUCUGCCAAUAACAGCUAGUUUUAACUGUCCACUCAGACCACUCCCAGACAGUCCUAGCUAAAUUCUUGCUUGAAAAAUAGCUUCUUUGUUAAGAUUUUUAUUUUUUGACCAUUUGAAUUGAAAACAAUCACAGUAGGGUACUAAAUUGUUACCCCAGAAAUGAUUUGAUAUUGAGAUAAAAACGGUUGCAUUGGACCUUUUAAUAGGUGUAACUACACAUAAUGCUGUGCACAGGGUUUUUACUUAAUUUGGCACUGGAAUAAAUACAGUGGAGGAAAAAAGUAUUUAGUCAGCCACCAAUUGUGCAAGUUCUCCCACUUAAAAAGAUGAGAGAGGCCUGUAAUUUUCAUCAUAGGUACACAUCAACUAUGACAGACAAAAUGAGAAAAAAAAAUCCAGAAAAUCACAUUGUAGGAUUUUUAAUGAAUUUAUUUGCAAAUUAUGGUGGAAAAUAAGUAUUUGGUCAAUAACAAAAGUUUCUCAAUACUUUGUUAUAUACCCUUUGUUGACAAUGACACAGGUCAAACGUUUUCUGUAAGUCUUCACAAGGUUUUCACACACUGUUGCUGGUAUUGUGAUGCAGUGGUCUAAGGCACUGCAUCGCAGUGCUAACUGUGCCACUAGAGAUCCUGGUUCGAAUCCAGGCUCUGUCGCAGCCGGCCGCGACCGGGAGACUCACAAUUGGCCCAGCGUCGUCCAGGGUAGGGGAGGGAAUGGCCGGCAGGGAUGUAGCUCAGUUGAUAGAGCAUGGCGUUUGCAACGCCAGGGUUGUGGGUUCGAUUCCCACGGGGGGCCAGUAUAAAAAAAUAUGUAUUCACUAACUGUAAGUCGCUCUGGAUAAGAGCGUCUGCUAAAUGACUAAAAUGUCAAAUGUAAUUUUGGCCCAUCCUCCAUGCAGAUCUCCUAGAGCAGUGAUGUUUUGGGGCUGUCGCUGGGCAACACAGACUUUCAACUCCCUCCAAAGAUUUUCUAUGGGGUUGAGAUCUGGAGACUGGCUAGGCCACUCCAGGACCUUGAAAUGCUUCUUACAAAGCCUCUCCUUCGUUGCCCGGGUGGUGUGUUUGGGAUCAUUGUCAUGCUGAAAGACCCAGCCACGUUUCAUCUUCAAUGCCCUUGCUGAUGGAAGGAGGUUUUCACUCUAAAUCUCGAUACAUUCAUUUUCCUUUACACGGAUCAGUCGUCCUGGUCCCUUUGCAGAAAAACAGCCCCAAAGCAUGAUGUUUCCACCCCCAUGCUUCACAGUAGGUAUGGUGUUCUUUGGAUGCAACUCAGCAUUCUUUGUCCUCCAAACACGACGAGUUGAGUUUUUUGGUAUUUUGAUUUCAUCUGACCAUAUGACAUUCUCCCAAUCCUCUUCUGGAUCAUCCAAAUGCACUCUAGCAAACUUCAGACGGGCCUGGACAUGUACUGGCUUAAGCAGGGGGACACGUCUGGCACUGCAGGAUUUGAGUCCCUGGCGGCGUAGUGUGUUACUGAUGGUAGGCUUUGUUACUUUGGUCCCAGCUCUCUGCAGGUCAUUCACUAGGUCCCCCCGUGUGGUUCUGGGAUUUUUGCUCACCGUUCUUGUGAUCAUUUUGACCCCACGGGGUGAGAUCUUGCGUGGAGCCCCAGAUCGAGGGAGAUUAUCAGUGGUCUUGUAUGUCUUCCAUUUCAUAAUAAUUGCUCCCACAGUUGAUUUCUUCAAACCAAGCUGCUUACCUAUUGCAGAUUCAGUCUUCCCAGCCUGGUGCAGGACUACAAUUUUGUUUCUGGUGUCCUUUGACAGCUCUUUGGUCUUGGCCAUAGUGGAGUUUGGAGUGUGACUGUUUGAGGUUGUGGACAGGUGUCUUUUAUACUGAUAACAAGUUCAAACAGGUGCCAUUAAUACAGGUAACGAGUGGAGGACAGGGAAGGGUUACAGGUCUGUGAGAGCCAGAAAUCUUGCUUGUUUGUAGGUGACCAAAUACUUAUUUUCCACCAUAAUUUGCAAAUAAAUUCAUAAAAAAUCCUACAAUGUGAUUUUCUGGAGAAAAAAAAUCUCAAUUUGUCUGUCAUAGUUGACGUGUACCUAUGAUGAAAAUUACAGGCCUCUCAUCUUUUAAGUGGGAGAACUUGCACAAUUGGUGGCUGACUAAAUACUUUUUUCCCCCACUGUAAGUGUUAUUAUUAUGGGUUAAGUACCAGUAUACAACCACAUGUUUCCACAGCUUUGUAAUCCCUCUUGACCCAACCUCCUGUUUUGUUUCAGUGUGUGCCCUACCUGAUUGCCAUGGGAACGGACCCAGAGCCCACCAUGAGGAACAAGGCUGACCAGCAGCUGGUGGAGAUUGAUAAGAAAUACAGCGGCUUCAUCCAUGUGAGUGUUUCUGUCUGUAGGCUGGUCUUAGGGUAGGAAGAGUAGUCUGGCCUCUCAACAGGCUGGUAAUGUGAUCAUCUAUUGUACAGUAUGUUAUCAAUGUAUUUAACGUGUUUGGUUGUGUGUGUGUGUGUCCAGAUGAAGGCCGUGGCGGGGAUGAAGAUGUCCUACCAGGUGCAGCAGGCUAUCUGGUCAGCUAAAGGUACGGUGAUCCGGGGUUACCGGCAGGACGAGACCACCUCCGCCCUCUGUGCCCACCUCUUCUCCAUGGUCCGAUCCAACCGGCAGCACCGACGAGCCUUCAUCAUCUCACUGCUCAACCUGUUUGAUGACAGCUCGGUGAGUCCCUCCUUCCCCCUAGACACGCACUGAGAAUAAUCAGUAUUAUAGCAGUAAACAUUAAUAUACAAUCCUUAUUUUUAUAGACAAAAUGAACCGUUUGGUUGUAAUUGUGACUUUCCCCCUGCAGAAGAUGGAGGUCAACAUGCUCCUGUACAUGGCAGACAACCUAGCCUGUUUCCCCUACCAGAUCCAGGAAGAGCCUCUCUUUAUCAUGCACCACAUUGACAUCACCCUGUCUGUGUCCGGCAGCAACCUGCUGCAGUCCUUCAAGGAGGUAGGUGAUACACACGUCACUAUGUAGUGUCUGUCAACGUCACUAUGUAGUGUCUGUCAGCAGCCUUGCCAUAGUACUUCAAAGAUCACACGUAUCCACAAGUGCUCAGGCUCGUGAAAACACUACCUAUAAUGUGACUUUUAUAGACUUUUACAAGCUGUUGUGGGUUUUAUAUCCUAUAACAAUCCCCAACAAUAGUAAUUCACAACCUAACAAAGGCUGACUCACUCCUCUGUUCUCUCUGCAGUCUCUUCUCAAAGAGCCAAGGCGGCGGGAGAAGAAGCCGAAAGAGAGGAAGUACCAGUCAGAGGAGGAGAACUCGUCGUCGUCAUCGGAGGAGGAACGUCACCGUCCCAGCAGCAGCUCCAACAGUAGUGACGAGGACGACGAGGUGGUCCACAGGCCCAAGAAGGCCAAACACCGGGCCCAUGCCCCCGUGGAGUCAGACUCUGACUCUGACCUGGAGAUGGAGGACUUGGACAAGGUGAUGCAGCGUCUGCCUGACAACCCCAUCCCCCUGUUGGACUUUGCCAACGCCUCACAGGGAAUACUACUACUGCUGGUUCUAAAGCAGCAUCUCAAGAACCUCUACGGCUUCUCGGACAGGUACGUCAGUGCCAGGAGGAACACAACCACAUAACAUCUCACCUUACCGCCUCACUUGACAUGAAAGACAGAGCUAGGAAGAUCACAAUAUACUGAUAUGUCUUGUUUUUUUAUGUUGCCAUGACAAUUUCUCAGUUAAAGUUGCACUAUGCAGAAAUCGCUCCGCCAUUUCCUGGUUGCUAAAACUCUAGUAGUUCGCCUAAUUUCAGUUUGUGACAAAAUAAGCUAGUAUAGUGUAGAGAAUCAUUGUACCAUCCAAAGCGCUGUGAAAUAUAUUUUCCAUAACAAAAAAUAUUGUUGUUUCAGCUGUUUGAAGCUGGUGUACAAAAACUGAAAGUAAAAGAUGCAAAAACAAAACUUAAGAACGGGAAGCAUAGAAAUAGUGCACAUAGAACAGAUCUACCGCUUCUUUACUUGCUUUCAAUUAGAAUGAUAGAUCUAUAACUGACAUUUCUAUGUUAAUUUGGUCAGGUCGCACAAAAAGUUACAUAUUGACACUUUAAUGAAGAAAUAACCUAAACUCAACUUCUUCCUCCACCCACUGUAGUAAAAUCCAAAAGUACUCUCCGACGGAAUCGGCCAAGGUGUACGAGAAGGCAGUGAACAGGAAGGGUCACGUGCACUUCAGCCCUCACCAAACACUGGACUUCCUGACCUCUGACCUGGCCAACGUAGAACUCACCUACGACAUCAAGAGGAGGAUCGUCAAACAGUACCUAGAUGUAAGAGCUCACUCUCACUCUGACCACAUUUCCUUUUUUCUGAAAGUCUUGAGACGUUUAGUUUUGGGUCCUAUAAUGGAGUUCAGGAAAAUUGGGAUUGGAAUUUCCAAUUUACUUCCUGAAUUUAAACGGAAUUGAAACCAGAUGGAGUUCCUUUUUGUACUUUGUAAAAAGGUGUAUGCAGAAAGGUGAACUAGCAUUGUCUGAGCACAGCAGACUGGUUAACAUUCUGGUCUCUCUCAGUUCAAGUUACUGAUGGAGCAUUUGGACCCUGAUGAAGAGGAUGAGGAAGGUGAGGCGUCGGCCAGCGCCAACGCCAGAAACAAAGCCAUCACUUCAUUGCUGGGAGGGCCCAGCCACCAGGACCACAAGAACCACCACCAGGACCAGAAGAACCACCACCAGGCUCCUAUAGAGACGGACGACGACGAGAGUGACGGAGAUGAGAAAACCCCAGUGGUGAGCCCUGAGCAGCCUAUUAUUGCACUGUCAUACAGCUGUUAUUGUCCCUGUUAAUGAUGUCUUAGAAGACUGAUGACUGCCAUGUUGGCUACAUAAACCUAUGGACUCUCUAUGUGAGUUGUAACACUGCUGUUUCUCUCCCCAGUCAUCACGACGGUCCAGGAAGCACGGCGACUCUGCAGAGGCAUCAGGUCACAUGAACGAGACGUUGGCUGCCAGGGAUGUCAUCGCCCUCUGCUGCCCCAAGUACAAGGACCGGCCGCAGAUUGCCCGCGUCAUCCAGAAGACCAACACGGGCUACAGAGUGCAAUGGAUGGCUGGCUCCUACUCUGGAGUCUGGGGCGAGGCUAAGAAACGGGACGGACGCAAAACGGUGCCUUGGGUGGACACUAUCAAGGAGUCUGACAUUAUUUACAAGAAAAUCGCCUUGACGAGUGCACACAAGCUGACGAACAGAGUGGUGCAGACUUUACGGUCACUGUACUCAGCGAAGGAGGGAACUUCCUAA